GAAAAUGAGAAUAACCCUAAACAUCUUUUUAAAGAAAAAAAGCCCUGGGCGAGGCCAUCUUGGAAAGACCCAGCAAUCUUCCCAAACACAUCCUGGUUCCAAGGACAUUUGCCUAGGCCCUCGGGAGGGUGCAUGGGGUUUCCAUGGGCCUCAGCCCACCUCAGGACCCCAUAAGUAACUGAGAGAGGGGGAGGCUUGGCUUUCAAAAGUGGCCUUUUGCCGGGGAAGACCCUCGACCGAAGGCGGUCAGCACCUGGCAAGGGGCCGGCCGGGAACACGGGAAGAAGCCCUUCCCACGGCAUGAGGACCCGGAAGGGCGGCUGGGGGGAACCGAAGGCGCCCAUUCCUGGUCUCUUGGCAGCGAAGCGCCUUCCCGAGCCGGCCUGGCGGGGAGGGCCUGGCGGCGUCGGCGGGCUCCUCCCAGGCCCCUUCCCCCUCCUCCCGACUGGUCUCCUCCCUCUUCCCCGGUCUCCAUUUUCCAGAGGAUCCGGCGCCGACGGCAGCGCAAGCAACCGAGGCAGCGGCAGCAGCGGAGGCUUCAGCAUCACCGUCGGCGCCUGCCGGGCCUUCCUCGCUCCGCCGCUAUGGCUGCCAACAUGUACCGCGUCGGAGGUGAGGCCGGCGCCUUGCUCCCCCGACCCUCGCGCCGGGGCCUGGCGGGCGCGCCCUCGAGGGGUGGCGGGCAGCGAAGCCCUUCCUUCGCCCGGGAGGCUUCCCGAGGCGAGGCCCGAGAUGCUGCCGCGAAGGGGACCGAGGGAGAGGGCGAGGCAGCCAGAGGGGGCGCCGGCUCCUCGCUUGCAUCCCCCUGGCGGGUGCGAGGGAUUGGGACCUCCGCCACCCCGGGGAGAGCGGGGAAGGAAACGCUGCCUGCCCGCGCUGGUUGUCCUUUCUGGGUAGGGCCCGUGUCAAGCCUAGAGAGGGAAGGUGAAGAAAUGCGGGGAGUAGGUCCAGCAAGACCAGGCUCCGUCUUCCCUGGGCAUCGCCUGGGAAGAGGGGCCAGCAGGCGAUCUGCAAGCUGCAAGGCAUCCCCACUGGCUCCUUCUUGGCUCCCGCGCCUGCCAACCUGCCCUUGCAGAGCUCCAGACCCCCAGUCCAUAAUACAGUCAUAGGUAAAAGGUAAAGGGACCCCUGACCAUUAGGUCCAGUCGUGGCCGACUCUGGGGUUGCGGCGCUCAUCUCGCUUUAUUGGCCGAGGGAGCUGGCGUACAGCUUCCGGGUCAUGUGGCCAGCAUGACUAAGCCACUUCUGGCAAAUCCAGAGCAGCACACGGAAACGCCAUUUACCUUCCCACCGGAGCGGUACCUAUUAAUCUACUUGCACUUUGAUGUGCUUUCGAACUGCUUGGUUGGCUGGGACCAAGCAACAGGAGCUCACCCCGUCGCAGGGAUUCGAACCGCCGACCUGCUGAUCGGCAAGCCCUAGGCUCUGUGGUUUAAAUACGUUUCAGGAUAAGUAUUUUCGGGUUGCGCUCCGCGGCGACCCAGAAGUAACGGAGUGCGUUACCUCCGGGUUUUGCCACUCGCGCAUGUGCAGACGGUCAAAAUGACCUCAUGCGCAGAAGCGGCGAAAUGCGACCCGCGCAGACGCGACGUCGCCUCUUACGUUCCAUUUGGGAUGUGCACGGAUCCCGUUCGCAUCCCGAGGUACCACUGUAUUGUGCUCAGGGUGAGAUGGCUUGGGCGGCAGAGGCAGCUGCUCUUCACAACCCACCAACUUGCCUGCUUUCCUAGGCGUGCUUCUUCUUUGGCGAUCACUCGUAGUCGUCCAUAAACACGGUUUUAACAAUGAGUCCGUAAGUGACUGUGGAGGCCAGUUCUGGAUCCGCACGUCCUUCCACAGUGGGGACAUUGCUUUCUAGGCAGGAGUUGAUCACGGUGUGGGUUUGGCAAGCGUGCUUUCCUCUUAGCACGUUUCUCCCUUGCGUCCUGAGUUUGAGUGUCUUCAAAACUCGUGACACCUUUGGUAAAGGUCCAACCAAGUUGAUGUUGAAGGGCAGGCAGCCUUUGCUGCAUCUCUGGCCCUUGGAGGAGGUUGGGUGAGGGGCAUAGUUGGUAGCGUUGUGCAUGACCCCCAGAGCAGGGGGCCCAAAGCAAAGGGCUCACACAAGUGCAGCCUUGUGGGGAAGGGGUACUACACAUUAGCAACAAGUUUCCUGCACCCACACAAAUAUACCAGACAUCGUUGGAGCCCUGUUUUAUUUUUCCACCUAUGCGUGGGUGUUGUAGACAAGGGUAUCUGACUAACAGUGGGAGCCUAACCAAGGCUCCUCAAAAGCUAGUCCUGUUGAAUUCAAUGGGGUUUUCUCCCAGGUAAGUGGGGUUCGGAUUGCAGCAGCAGUCACACGCUGUGUAGAUCCACUGUAGAUAAACAGGGUUAAAUUACACACAUCAAAAGUCCAUUGAUUUUAUAGGUCUACUCUGUGUGUGAGUUAGUCAGAUAACAUCCAGGGCCUUUUUUGUAGUGGGACCAAGGCAGGGAUUGCCCUGCCAGAAGCUGGCCAUAUUGCUGCUCACCUAUUUAGGUAGUGCUUUAGAAAUUAGAAUUUUGACUGCUGCUGGCUUCUACAUCAAGGUAUUCAACUAAGUUUUACUGAAAGCAGACCCACUGAAAUUAUUGGCCAUGACUAAUUUGGAUCCAUUAAUUUCAAUUUAUCUACUCAGAGAAAAAGUUAGUUUACCUUUUGUUUUGAUUUGUUAUUAGCUGUUUGUUAAAUUUUAUACUUUUUUCUCUUUAAAAAACUGUGUUUUAAAAGAUUUUUAAAAGAAAUGUCAUUUCCCUAGUUAGAGAAUAUCAAUUUGAAGCAGUGUGAGAGAUCAACCUGUUGUUAGCAUAAGAGUUUUCCUGUAAUACAUACUGGAGGCAGACCCUGACUUGAAAUUAUUUUGGGAUGCAGCCAGAACAUUGACUUCUGAGAUCUGCCUUAUGACCCAGUGUCUGUUGAGACUCUUGCUUUUUUGCAGUCAGGUAGAGAAAGCAAAGUAGGUGUGGCUGGAACUCUUAUCCUGCUUUUUUAUUCUUUCAUUCCUUUCAUAUUAUUUGCUUUCAUUCUGUUCUGACACUGUGUUGCAUUUAUUUAUUUGUUUGUUUCUUUAGUAUUUAUAUGCCACUUAAUCAUUAGCAUCUCUAAGCGGUGUACAUAAAAUUACAAAAAAGUGUGUUGAUUUUAUGGUAAUUGUUGAGGGUGUAUGAGUGGGAAUGCUGCCGAAUUGUGAUUCUUUAAUUUUAUUCAUUUAUAUCCUGCCUCACUACCAGCAUGGCUCACAGUUAGGUUUGUCAUAUUCUAGUUCUCCAGAUCCUGGCAGCUUGAUUUAUAUAUUAUGUAAAUCAAGUGAGGAUUUGGGAAAUUACGCUGCUUUUCUACUCCAGAGUACUCCUUCCAAACUUGUUUUAUGACAAGGAAACAGAUCAUUUGGCUUAUUUCUGUAUAUAUCUUGCAGGUGAGAACGAGGGCUGGGCAAUAGCUGGUUUUCAACAUUGCGAUAUAUCACCAGCCAAACAUUGUUUUUUAGUGAUAUAUCACAAUGUCUGAAACAUGGAACUAUGUAGGGUGUGUGUGAAGUUUGGGCGAAGGAGCAGUCAUUGGAGAACAUGUGGGUGGGGUGGUGGAGAUCCUGCGAGGAAGCAGUCAAGGAGAUUAACAGGUAUGUGCUAUGUGCACUGUGGAUUCCUCCCCUUGCUUGCAUUUGGAGGGCAAACUCCUUCCACUCCUCCUUAGACAGAAGAAAUCCAACUUCAUUGCCUUCAUUGCAUCUCCUAGGAGCCACCCACUGGAGCUGUUCUGUAUGGUUCAGAGGUUGAUUACUCCUGACUAGGGGGGUGAACCUCUGGAGCACACAGUAACUAGCUGUAACUGAUUGGCUAAACACUUUGAUGAUAAAGUUGCUCAGUUCUGCAGUGAUUUAGAUGCUGCUAUUGUAACAGUACCAGGUGAGAUGUCCAAUGCAACGUCGAGUCUGGUGUUGUGGGAUCAUUUCCAGUUGAUGUGGGCUGAAGAUGUGGACAGAAUACUUCAAGUGAUGUGCUUGAUCACCUGCUCAUCAGAUCCUUGUCCAUUCUGGUUUAUUAAAGCUACCCAGGGUCAGGUGGCUGAAUCGGUGACUGCUGCUCAACUAUCCCACCCAACUAUCCUAGACCCAACAGAGUAACAACUAUAGACCAGUCGCCAACACCCCUUUCUUGGCAAAGCUGGUGGAGAGGGUAGUUGCAGAGCAACAUCAGGUAUUCCUGGAAGAGACUGAUUAUCUCCACCCCCAUCGUUCUACUGAGGUCCAGCGCCAAGGGCCUUCUGGCGGUUCCCUCACUGCGAGAAGCCAAGUUACAGGGAACCAGGCAGAGGGCCUUCUCGGUGGUGGCACCCACCCUGUGGAACGCCCUCCCACCAGAUGUCAAAGAGGAGAACAACAACUACCAGACUUUUAGAAGACAUCUGAAAGCAGCCCUGUCUAGGGAAGCUUUUAAUGUUUGAUGGAUUACUCUAUUUUAGUAUUUUGUUGGAAGCCGCCCAGAGUGGCUGGGGAAGCCCAGACAGAUGGGCGGGGUAUAAAUUAUUAUUAUUAUUAUCGGCAAUCUGGGUUCAAACCUGGUUUUGGAACUGAAACAGCCUUGGAUUACCUUUAUCGUGAGAGGGACAAGGGGAGUGCGACCCUAUUAUUUCUGCUUGAUCUGUCGGUGACUUUUGAUACCAUCGACCAUGGUAUCCUCCAGCAUUGACUUAGUGAGAUGAAUAUCUGAGGCACUGUUUUACAGUGGUUCUGUCCCUGUCUUCAAGGCAGUUUCCAGAGAGAUGCACUUGGUGAGUGUUCCUUGGCCCCCUGGCAUUUGUGCUGUGGGGUUCCGCAGGGUACUAUUUUCUUUCCAGAGCUAUUUAAUAUCUCUAUGAAACUGUUGGGUGUAGUCCUUAGGAGUUUUGGAGGGAUGUGUCACCAGUAUGCUGAUGACAUGCAACUCUACUUCUCCGUAACACCCAAAUCAGGAGACACUGUGGAAGCUGUGGGCCAGUGUCUGGAUGCAGUGAUGGACUGGAUGAGGGCCAAUGAACUGUGCUUGAAUCUUGGGAAGACAGGCUCUUUGGGUGGGUGGUUCCCAUGUUUGGGCAAUUGGCAAGUUAUCUGUUCUGGAUGAAGUUUCACGCCUUCUGAAGGAGCAAGUGCAUAGCUUGGGGAUACUCCUGUAGACACCUUUGUCCCUAAAGGCCCAAGUGUCCUCUGUGGUUAGGAGACCUUUUACCAGUUUCCUGUGGUUCACCCAACUAUUGCCAUUCCUGGGCAGGGAUAGUCUGACCACUGUAGCUCAUACAUUGGUAGCCUCCAGGCUAGAUUACUGUAAUGAUGUCUAUGUGGGGCUACCCUUGGGUCUGGUUUGGAAUGCUGCAGCCAGAAUGCUGUUGGGAACUUUUGGUCAAGAACGUGUGACACCAUUGUUAAAACAGCUUCAUGGGCUGCCCAUCUGUUGCCAAGCCAGGUUCAGGGUUCUUGUUUUGAUUUUCAAAGCCUUGGACAACUUGGGUCCAGAAUAUGUUAGGGAUCUCCUGAACCUUUAUAUUCCAGGUUGACCACUGAGAUCACCUGCAGGAGCAUCUUGAGUGAAGUGGUGAGGCUCAUUUGACAAUAAUGAGAAAUCAAGUCUUUGGUCCAUUUCUGUGGAAUGCCCUGCCAAUAUAGAUUCAGUGGGCACCUUCUGUGCCAGUUUAUGUCUGCUGAAAACUUUUCUAUACCUCCAGUCCUAUGCUGGCAGUUAAGAGCACCCCCCCGGUGGUCUAUUUAAUUUCUUUUACUUUUAAACUUCUCUUUUUAACUUCUUAUGAUGCUCUUGUUUGGUUUCAUGUUUUUAUACUGUUGUAAACUGCUGUGAUAUAUUUUUUAUGAUACAGCAGUAUAUAAACAUUUAAAUAAAUAAAUAAAUAAAAAUAAAUAAAACUUUUAAGUGCAGGGCAAAAACAUUCCUCUUCUCCCAGGCCUUUAGCUAAUUAAACAAUCUGUGGCCUUUUAAACUGUGUGAUUUUGUGUAUGUGUAUGAGGGUUAUUUCUUUGUUUGCUAUUAUGUUACACAUUUUUGUGUUUCUAUACUGUAAACCGCCCUGUGAUUCCCAAUUGAAACUUGAUAUAUAAAUUUAAUAAAUAAUAAUAAAAUGAUAUACUGGUGAAAUCACCCCAUGUAAAUUGUUGCCAUUAAGAGGACUGCUGCAUGUUAAGAUUGCUGUCAAAACCACUUGUGUCUUCAUAGAAGAUGAAUAAAGUUCAGGAUUCCCUGACAAAUGUGUUUACUGCAGAGUAAUUGUAGCGUGUUUUAUUUAUACAGGUGCUUCUGCCCUGGUCUUCAAAGCUAAAAGCCUUCACAAGGUGACUUAGAAUAUUAAGCUAGUAUAAAUGCAAUGCAAAGCAAUAAAAAUCCAGGAUAGAAAACAAUUGCAGUAAAAACAGCUGUUUAAAAUAGAAAAAGAAGACAGUCAAAAGGUCUUUUGAAGACCAUACUUAAAAACCACGAGGGAGGGGGCUUUGACAGAUCUGCUGUAGAGUGAGUACCACAAUAGCAGUGCUACCACCAAGAAGGUCCUGCCUUCAGUGUAUCUCUCCACUCCCUGUUUUUGUCCUUCAAACUUUCAGAGAUUUUUCUUGAUGACAUUUUUCUUUGUGCUGCAAUGACAGCUUGUGGAGGAGACCAGAUGCAAGAGCAAGCACUUAAAAGUCUCUUCUCUCAUGUUCAGUCACUUCAGCUGAGAUGUGCAUUUUUUGAUGUUUGUUCCGCAACAACAAGGCAAUCACCUCACCUUCCUCCAAGCAUUUGGCAGAGCGAUACUCCUAUAUAAUUGGAAGACGUAGAACCCUUUCACUAGAGUGGCUGGGAAACCCAGUCAGAUGGGCGGGGUAUAAAUUGAAGAAGAAGAAGAAGAAGAAGAAGAAGAAGAAGAAGAAUUGGCUGAUUUCAAAGCUGCACCCCUAUCUGGACAGCGAUAACCUAACUUCCGUUGUCUAUGCUCUGGAUUACUGCAACACAUUAGAAGUGGGACUGUCUCUGAAGAUGGCUCAGAAACUUCACUUGGUGCAGAAUUCAAUGACCAAGUUGCUCCCAGGGCAAGACAGUUUGAGCAUAUAACACCAAACCUGGCCUGACUGUGAUUCCAAGCCCAGUUCAAAGUGCUGGCUUUGAUCUAUAAAGCCUUAAAUGGCUCAGCACUGGAAUACCUCAAGGACUGCUAUAAACCAAACUGGACUCUGCAAUCAUCAUCUGAGACCUUUCUGCAUGUGCCUCCUUCACAAGAGGUCCAGAAGGUGGACUUGAGAACGGGCCUUUUGUGUGGUGGCUUUCUGUUUAUGGAAUGCUCUCCUCUCCCAGACCUUUGGAUGAUAGUGAGGAAGUAGAAGAAUAGGUGAAUUCUGGUAUAUAGAACUCUAUAACUAGUAUUUGAGUUUACUUUUUUCUUACUCCCACCCCAUCCUUUUUUCCAUUUAUGUAGUGUCUUUUGGAUUGUAAAACCGAGGGCAGGGACUCCUUUAUUAAUCUGUAAGAUGCUCUGGGAAACUCCUCAGAUGUGGAGUGGGAUAAAAAUGCUUUAAAUAGAUAAGUAAAAUAAAGUUCCUUUGUCUAAGAUCUCUAAGGUUACUGUAAUACUUUGAACAGAGAAGGGAGUGGAUUUAGAAUUACCGGUAGUAGUUAGAAUUUAUACACUCUUUUGGGUGUUCCAGGUUCUACUUAAGGCAUGUAAUUUUCAACACUCAAUACUCUGAUAAAGUUUUAUGUCAAUUUGUAAUAAAUUUUGUUUUUAUUGGUAUCUGUGAUGAAUAUUUUAGAUUAUUCUUUGUAUACUGCUUAGAGGCUUUCUCUCAAGUAAGUGGUAUAUAAAUUUGGUUAAAUAACUUUAUAUCCAUGGCCAGUAAUACAGUUCUGACAGUAUUAUUAUCCCCGUAUUGCAGGUGUGGGGCUGACCGGUUGACAGACAGCUAGACAUUUUCCGCAGAAAGUCACCUUACCCAUCAAAGGCAAGAUUUCAUGUGGAUGUCUGUGGAUCUUUUAUCUUGCUCCCAGAGACAGCCAGGCAGCCCCUGUUUCAAAAGAACACUUCACUCAUUACAUAUAAGUUGAAAACUGUAUAUACUCUCACCAUAAACACCACAUCUAUGAAUAAUGAUUCCUGAUUUCUUUCUAACUUUCCAGCACUAGACAGAUUUAAAUUUUUGGUCUCUCUCCAGUCCUUUCUGUGAGGACAAUCGCUUUACAGCACGCUAAUGGUCUGGUCAGGAACAAAUUGACAGAAUUUCAGCUACCCACUGUCUUCUGAUUUCCUUUGUGCUCAGAUUCCUGCAUUUACCUGAGAUAAUUCCAUAGGAGUUACUUCUGAGUAGGUGCAGUUAGGAUUGCAGCUUUGGUCCAUUUGUUGCCCUGUCUACUCUAGCAGAACAUGGGUUAUGUUGAGAGAGUUUUGUAUGAUGAGGUUGCAGGGGCAAGAGAGCAUUUCAAUGGUUGAAUCUGGAAGUUUAAGCCUUGAUAGUGUGUCAGGCCUGAAGGUUUAUCUGCAACUGGUGUAACCUCUCUGUAUCUUGUACGUGUACAGUGGUACCUUGUUUUGAGUCCGGGAUCCGUUCCGGAGCCCUGGACACUCAACGAAGCGCUGCUCUGCGCGCACACGCAGAACAGUUUGUGCUUCUGCGCAUGCGUGAAGUGCGAUUUAGUGCUUCUUCGCAUGCGUGAGCGGCAAACCUGGAAGUAACCUGUUCCGGUACUUCUGGAUUUGCUGCGGACGUUCGCCGAAAUGGACGGUCAACGGAGUGAAGGUUUGCAGAGGUAUUACUGUAUCUAAAACACACAGAGUUAAAUAAGUUCAUACUGUAGUAACAAGUUUUUUUUAUGGAUCAGCACUGCCGGAGGAAAUUAAUUUAGAAAAAAUUAUUUAAACUUCUCCAUUUCUCUUAUGGCUAAUUCUGUAUAAAACCACAAGCUAUAUCAUCAAUAUCAUUUUAUUUGUAUGUCGCCUUUCCAUAGUUAAAACAAUGCUCAAGGUGGCUUACAACAUGACAAGAUUUACAUAAUUACCAACAUAACAAAAAUCAUAAACAAUAAACAAAACACAUCAAAAGGUACGCAACCAAAUGGAAAACAAUUUCCACAUAAAUCACAAAAUCUAAAACUAAAAAUACAUCUAAAAAUAAAUAUAUAUAAUAUAUAUAAGCAUGGCAUGCACAUCAAACAAACACAGCAACUUCUUUAUUCAGGGAUCUCCUCAUACACUACAGAGUAGAGGAUUUCUUCAAAAGCUGCACUUAGACUCACCUAUUUGUUGCUUGCUUGCAGGGCUGUCCCAAAACAUUUUGCUGCCUGAGGCAAAGGACAAGAUGGCAACUCUUCCAUUCUAGUCACAAAAGCUGACCUGACUGGUAGCUGAACAUGACUUCAACACUGACAACACUACUGCAUGAUUUUUUCCUGUUUUUUCCCCCAAACAGCUUUGGGGAAAAACUGAAAAAAACUGGUUUCCCCCCCAUUUCCCCCCAGUUUUUUCCCCAGGCCUUCCCAUCUCUAACUGCACCUAAGGGCAGUUUCAGAUGUGGCAGCAGAGGCCACCUAGCACACAAAGAUUGGGGGGGGGGGCUUCCUGUUGGUAUAUGCUACCUGAGGUGGUUGCCUCAUUUUGCCUAAUGAUAGGGCUGUGACACUGAUCGCCUGGUUUUGGAAGCUUUUGGGACUUUCUGAUGCACAAGUGACCAAAAUGAGCUAAAUGAUUUAGAAUGGAAUACAGUGGUGCCUCUCAAGACGAAAAGAAUCCGUUCCGCGAGUCUCUUUGUCUUGCGGUUUUUUCAUCUUGCGAAGCAAGCCCAUUAGCGGUUUAGCGGAUUAGCGCUAUUAGCGGCUUAGCGGAUCAGCUGAUAAGCGGCUUAGUGGCUUAACGGAUCAGCUGUUAAGCGGCUUAGCGGAUCAGCUGAUAAGCGGCUUAGUGGCUUAACGGAUCAGCUGUUAAGCGGCUUAGCGGAUCAGCUGAUAAGCGGCUUAGUGGCUUAACGGAUCAGCUGAUAAGCGGCUUAGCUAUCAGCUGUUAAGCGGCUUAGCGGAUCAGCUGAUAAGCGGCUUAGCGGCUUGGGAAAAAGGGGGGGGAAAGGAAAAAAACCCCGCAGGAACUCGCAAGACAUUUUCGUCUAGCGAAGCAAGCCCAUAGGAAAUUCGUUUUGCGAAGCACCUCCAAAACGGAAAACCCUUUCAUCUAGCGGGUUUUCCGUCUUGCGAGGCAUUCGUCUUGCGGGGCACCACUGUAAUGAAAACAUUAUAGUCAAACAGCAGGUUGGAUGUCUGAAGGGGUGUGCAGCUUUUUGAAACCUUUUGGGCACCUAGCACAUUAUUUUCUUAAUCUACCAUUGUGUUCUGCAGCAUUCCUAUCUCCUGCUUCAAUUGUUCUGUUGUCCUUUAUUAUUUACUGCUUGAAAGAAUGCUUAAGGCACUUGCAUGUAAACCUCUCCACCCUGGCAACUUUUCCUUUCCACUGCAUGCUAGUUCUCUUAAUGUAAUCUUUGUGGCAAUUUGUAAACUUUUGAUAAUACCCCUUAGUAUUGUAUCACUUUACUGUUGUUAGCCACUCCGAGCCCAGCUUCGGCUGGGGAGGGCGGGAUAUAAAUAAAUUAUUAUUAUUAUUAUUAUUAUUAUUAAUAUUAUUUAUUAUUAUUAUUAUUAUUAUGUGCCAGUGUUAAAUAUUUGCGCACUGCAGGCAUGUUCUGUGCAGUUUGUCCUGCAAUUGAAUACAUGCCAGUGGUUUUGAUGUCUGUUAUAGCCAGUUUCCAUGGAAUUAUAGCAUUGACCCUUCGUCUCUUGGGCAUUACGGUCACAGGUGAAUGUUUUCUUGUAACUUGGAUGCAUGAGCUGCCAUUAGGCAUGUGGCAUGUCUUCACAUCAAAUAUGUAAAGAAACUUUUUAAAAUGAUGACAUUCCUUUUAAAAAAAGACCCUUUUAUUGAAAAUUGAUAAAUUUAUUGGUUUAUAUCUGGCUUACUGCUCAUGGUUUGUUUAAACCAGGGUUGAGGAACCAAUGAGGAGGACAGAAAUAAAGUUGUCUUUUGAAAACAUUGCAAGUAGCUGUUGUUUGCAAAAUACACCUUCACCCUCCACCCCUAUAAAAUGGGGCGAUGGGACAAUUUUUGCCAAAGGGAGAAGUCUGGUGUGCAGGCAAUGCUUUCAAAGGGCAGUCUUCUUCUGAAGUCUGAUCUUGCUGUCAUCUCAAAGAGGAAUAGAUUCACAAAGACUUUGGGGAGUCUCUCACACCAACUCCAUACCACCCUGCCUUUGAGAUGGCAGUGGGAUUAGUUUUAAAAGGGAAGCAGGGGAGGAGCUCACUGUAUUCUCAAAGGUUGGCAGAACCCUUCAGGAGUUCCCUCCCUUCUCUUUUAAAUCUCCCCUCUUCCCUUAAUCUUUGUUCACAAACUACUGUAUUUUUCCGUGUAUAAGACUAGGUCCCCCCCCCCCAAAAAAUAUAUGUCAAAACUCAGUGGGCGUCUUAUACACGGAUAGUGCCGAGGGUGGACUGGCAAUUGGUUGUUGCCCCCCAAAUAGGGGGCUUUUAUACAUGGGGGCAUCUUAUAGACGGAAAAAUAUGGCAAUUUAAUAUAUUUCACCUUUAGAUCCAUUCUUGGAAUCAUCCUCUAAAACCCACACAUCUGUAUGGGUUUAUUAUUAUUUAUUAUUAGUCUUUUUAUAUGGUCUGUCAAUGAUAUUCCCAUCGCAGUAUGCAAAAGCAAUCUGCAGCAGGUUUUUUAUUUAUUAAAAAUAAAAAGAUUUAUGCUGAGUUGUUCUCUGCCAACAAUGGUUUUUGACCUGGCAAAUGGGCAAAGGUGUCUGUCUGAGUGAGAAGGGUGGAAUUUCGAGCCCUCCGUUGCUGUCAAAGCAUUCAUGCAGACUGGCUGCUGUUUGUCUCAAGUGAUAUCGCUGCCUAACUGUUGUGGAAGGACCAGAAGUGGGCAGGUCCAAGCUAAGCUGCCUGUAGGCCAGAAUCAAUGAGUGCGGGAGCAAUUUGGGGAGGAAUAUGGGUUGGAAUGGAUUUGAUGUGUCAUUACAGUACUUCCUGACCCCAUGGGGAGUGAGUGAUGCGUAAGUAUUGGUAGUGGGGAGGAUAUACAGUGGUGCCUCGCAAGACGAAAAGAAUCCGUUCCGCGAGUCUCUUCGUCUUGCGGUUUUUUCGUCUUGCAAAGCAAGCCCAUUAGCGGAUUAGCGCUAUUAGUGGGCUUAGCGGAUCAGCUGAUAAGCGGCUUAGUGGCUUAAUGGAUCAGCUGUUAAGCGGCUUAGCGGAUCAGCUGAUUAGCGGCUUAGCGGAUCAGCUGAUAAGCGGCUUAGUGGCUUGGGAAAAAGGGGGGGGGAGGAAAAAACCCCCGCAGGAACUCACAAGACAUUUUCGUCUUGCGAAGCAAGCCCAUAGGAAAUUCGUUUUGCGAAGCACCUCCAAAACGGAAAACCCUUUCGUCUAGCGGGUUUUCCGUCUUGCGAGGCAUUCGUCUUGCGGGGCACCACUGUAACUGCAUUUGAUGAUGGCACAAACAAGCUAUCUUUAAAGGUGGAGUGAAUGUGUGUCUCUGGGAGGGGGUGGGUAAAAAAAAAAGUAUUCAUUUUUCCUUAUUUAUAAGCUUUAGGUGUCUAAAACUUGUACUUCAAGAUUGGUUUUUUUUCCCCCUCCCCAGAUUAUGUCUACUUUGAAAACUCUUCAAGUAAUCCAUAUUUGAUAAGGAGAAUAGAAGAACUCAAUAAGGUAAAAAAAAUACCAGUGCACUCAGUGACUUUUGAAGGUAUUGGCUGUACUUGUUAGUUCUGCUAACAGUUUUUAUAAUUUUCAGCUAACUCUCAAUUAUCUUUUUGUAAAGUGAUAGAAUUAAAAAAAAUAUUGAAAUAGGGGGUCAGCACAUGGAAGGAAGAAGCAGGCAAACUGUCCCUAACCCAUCCCCACUAAUCCCCCUGGCUCACCACCCACUAUUCUGCCACGCAGCACAAAACUUUCAGAUAAAAUCAAUAUGGCUAACCUGAUCCAAAACACCCACCCACCUCACUCACACACGAAAACAAAGAUCACCACAGCCAAUCACAAGCAAACAAUCACACCCUAGGCCAACCCCAACCUCUCUCACCACCAAAGGAACACAAGUGAACAACACAAGCAACGCUGACACCAAACUCUACAUACAUUAAACAUAAUAGAAACACCGCCACCCGACCCCGACCCCAUCCAUCUUCCCUCUCUCCACCCCCCUUUCUUUUUUCUUUUUUUUUCCUUCUCCCCCUAAUGCCUCAACAAAUGAAACGGAUUUGUAAAAAUGUUACAUGAAAAAAAAAAUACGAGGCACUACACUUCUGUAAAACAAGAAAAUCCUUAAUAAAAUAUUAAAAAAAAACAAAAACCUGGCAAACCAAAGGCUUAUGCCGCCUAGCAGACUUUUACAAAAAUAACAAACCCGCAUUGACACAAGAAAUACAAGACAAACUAGGGGACACCCAGAUACCCUGGUUAACACACCACCAAUUACAUGCCUUCUUAAACAAUACAGUAGUGCAGUGGUGUCCAAACUAUUUUCAAAGAGGGCCAGAUUUGAUGAAGUGAAGGGCCGUGGGGGCCAACCAAAGUUGUUACUUUUUUUUAGGAUUGAAGUUGUUGAGAUUUUGGGGGGAUUUUACCCUAGGAAAUAAACUGUCACAGAGGCCGGAUUAAACUGACCAGCGGGCUGGAUUAGGCCCCCAAAAUGGACUUUGGACAUGCUGCAGUAGUGAAAUCAGCAGCAGCUAGGCCCAUGACAAUUUUUGAAAAGAUUCCCUCCUCCUAACAGGAAAGGGACAUGGCAAGGGGAUGGUAUCCACAAUAUACAAAAUACUGCUCCAAAAUCCCACCAAACCCAUCGACAUAAUCAAAAAACAAUGGGAGGAUGACAUAGACCCCACCCAAUGGACUAGAAUGUGGUCUAAACCUCCCUUUAAAUCCAUCUCAGCUAAAAGGAAAGAACUCAGAUUGUACCUAACGCAAAGGAAACUAGUGCUGAUAUGCUCAGGAGUCUCACCAAAAUGCUGGAGAGGCAGCGCCUCCACAGCACAUACCUCCCCAUGUGGUGGGAUUGUCCUGAAAUCCAAAAUCUUCUGGACAUCAGUCAUGCAAGAAAUAUGCAAAUAACUUUGCGGCUGCUUUGGGGGUAUUCAUUGGCCUAUUUUGAAGUGAAAGUGUCUGCCACAUUUAAAAAUGUUUCCCAUUCAUUUCACUUGGACAUGCUGCUCAGUUUCCCUUGUAGGAAUACGAACAGCUAUAGUUGUAUAUGGUUAUAGCUGGGCAUUAAUAGAAUUUUAAAAUUGAGUAUGAAAUAAUUGCAUAAAUAUAAAAAGUCCAUAGUGCUGACUCAGAUAUAUGACAAAAGCUUGCUUUAAGUAAAUCCUGUUCAUAGACAGUCCUAUAAAUAGCCCUGUACAAUGGCAGCUUAUACAUAGUAGAAAUAUUAUAUCAAUUUCAUUGAAAACUGGCCAUUUGUGUGAUUCUUAGUGCCUUUCAUAAUUUCAUAAUGAUUAAUCGAAAUGAGUAAUUGAAGCAACCAAAACAAGAGGUUACCGGACAGCAUACAUAACUGUAGGAACUCUGUAACUCUCCAGUUCAGGUUGAAGUUAAUGUGUCUGAUUUUCCCCAGAGCUGAUCUCUAGGUUUUAAUUAGAAAAUUGUCUUAAGAUCUAUAGUAACAGAAUAUAGUUUGAUGUUUAGAAUAUUACAUUGUACCUUUUUCCUUCACUCACUAAUGAUCGUGUGUACUAAUACGCAAAGAAAAAUAAUCAAAAUGAAAUCAUUUGGUUGCUAAGUACAUUAUAAAUUGAGUAUUAUAAAAUUUGCAUUCUGCUUCGUUUUGGUUUUUAGUAUUGGUGUUCUGUGGUGUAGUUAGUAAUAAAGCAUUUAUAUGCCUACCAUUUAAGCUUCCCACCUGAAAUUAAAUUUUUAUUAUUAUUUUGCUCACUAUGACAGACAGCCAAUGGAAACGUAGAAGCAAAAGUGGUGUGUUUCUAUAGACGGAGGGACAUCUCAAGCACAUUAAUUGUACUGGCUGACAAACAUGCAAGUAAGCUUUCUAUAUUAUUAACUUAAAUUAUAAACUGUUUACUUAGUUUUAAAUAACAUGCUAAAGGGAGCUGCUGGAUGGAACGCAGUGUUGUGCUCUUCCAAUUGUUUUGUCUGCACAAAUGUUCAAGCAUGCCAGACAGAAUGAUUCCCCACUCCCCACUCCUCAUGUUCCACCCUGGGGGUUCUCUCAGAGACUCUGAGAUUACAUCCACAAGCUCCCUUGGGGGCAGCUCAUUAGGCCUUGGAGAUUUGAAUUCAUUUAAAGUAGCUUGGUGUUCCCUUACCACCUCUAUUCCUGUCUUGGGCUGCAGCUCCUUCCUUCCAUCAUUUAUUCUGUUAUCACCAGAUGGACAUUGCUUUCCUUUUGGGUGAAGACAGAGGCAAAGUAGGUGUUGAGCUGUUAUCUGUUACCCAAUCGCAUUUCUUCGUCUUUUCCACUACUCCUGCUACUUGCUUGUUCUUCAUCCUGCUUCAAAUAUAGCUGAAAAAUCCUUUGUUUUUAACUUCUCUUGCAAGUCAGAGUUCAUCCUGAGCUUUGGCCUGCCUGACAUCCCCCCUGCAACUGUUGGCCACUUGCAUAUACUCCUCCUUUGUGAUUUUUCCUUUCUUCCAUUUCUUAUACAUGCCAUUCUUAACUCUCAGCUCAUCUGUAAACUCCUUAUGCAGCCACACCAGUUUUCUAGAUGCCUCCCACUUUUCUUCUUGUUGGAAUUUUCUGCCUUUUUGCCUUCAACAUUUCAUCUUUAAGAAAUCCCCAUCCAUCUUGGACUUCCUUUUCUUUGAGUAUUUCUGACUAUGGGAUCUCACCCAGUAGUUACUUAAGCUUUCUGAAAUCGGCCUUAAAGUCCAGAGUGCAUAUCAAACUACCCUCAGCUUUCCUUUGGCUUUGUAUCAUGAGACCCAGGAGAACAUGAUCACUUUCUCCCAAGGCUUCCAGCACUUCCACUUCAUCAGUCAGUUCCUCUCUGUUGAUGAGGACCAGGUCCAAGGUAGAUGAUCCCCUUGUUGCUUCUUCAACCCUCGGGAAAUGAAAUUGUCAGCGAGGCAAUGGAGGAAUUUGUCAGACCCUACAUUUUUGGCCACUGGUCCCAUCACCUCCUAGCAAAUAGAAGGGGAAGAAAUGGAGGCAAUGAGAGAUUUUCCUUUCUUGGGCUCCAUGAUACUGCAGGUGGUGACAGCAGCCACGAAAUUAAAAGGCGCCUGCUUCUUGGGAGGAAAGCAAUGACAAACCUAGACAGCAUCUUAAAAAGUGGAGACAUCACCUUGCCAACAAAGGUCUGUAUAGUUAAAGCUAUGGUUUUCCCAGUAGUGAUGUAUGGAAGUGAGAGUUGGACCAUAAAGAAGGCUGAUUGCCAAAGAAUUGAUGCUGUUGAAUUAUGGUGCUGGAGGAGACUCUUGAGAGUCCCAUGGACUGCAAGAAGAUCAAACCUCUCCAUUCUUAAGCAAAUCAGCCCUGAGUGCUCACUAGAAGGACAGAUCGUGAAGCUGAGGCUCCAAUACUUUGGCCACCUCAUGAGAAGAGAAGACUCCCUGGAAAAGACCCUGAUGUUGGGAAAGAUGGAGGGCACAAGGAGAAGGGGACGACAGAGGACGAGAUGGUUGGAUAUUGUUCUCGAAGCUACCAGCAUGAGUUUGACCAAACUGCUGGAGGCAGUGGAAGACAGAAGUGCCUGGCGUGCUCUGGUCCAUGGGGUCACGAAGAGUCGGACAUGACUAAACAACUAAACAACAACAACAACACAUUCUUGGCAGAGCUGAGUUCCAACAGAUCAUGGGGAAGUUGAAGUCUCCCAUUACUAAUAUAUAUCUCCUUUUUGAAUGCUUGGUAAUCUGCUCUAGGAAGACAUCAUCCAAACCUUCAGUCUGUCUUGGUGGUCUUUAGCAGACACCUACAGUAAUGUCACUGUUGUUUCUCUCUUCUGAAAUGUUCACCAUUAUGCUCUCAGUCUUCCUUCCAUGCUCCAAGUCUUGGAUCUCUUCACAUCCUUUACAUAUAAUGCUACUCCUCCCUUCCUGUUUGGUCUAUUGCUUUUGAUAGGUUAUACCCAUCUCAAUUUCCAUAUUCCUGCUAAACUGACAGGACUUGCUUCUGAGUAAACUUGCAUGGGAUUAGACUGUGCAAGCAUAGAUCUGUCACAGUGUCUACAUGUCUGUCAGCUUAGUGCCACAGCAGCUGCAAUGAAGCUGUAGGCAACUAUUAUGCUUUCAAUAAGUCCUAGAAAAAGUGGUGAAAUAGGAUUUCUGUUGAAGUGGUUGGGCUCUAAGCCUUAACAGCUGCUUGAUUAUGUCAACAUCUGAUGCCUCCUCUGGUGUAGUGAAUGACAUCAACCUUUUGGGCAUGUCCUAGCCCGGUAGCCAUGAGACCAAGGUAGUUCACAAAUUAUGCAGUGAGUUCACUAAUUCUAUUUUCUUUGUGUCCCUAGCAUGCACAUGCAAAUCAUGACCUGAAGCAGGAGAUAACAGGGUUGCAUCUUUAAAAAAAAAAAGUUGGCCAUAUAGCAAUGUUCUGUUACAAGAAUGAUCUGCUGCUAUGCUGGGUAGUUAAAUUUAAAUGUAAAAAUUGCAUCUGGCAGUGCAUUGAAGUACUAUUUCAACCGUCUUCACAGAUUAAUAUUAUUUCAUCUUCAACUAGGAGAAAUGGAGGAAGAGAUGGAAAACCCAGAAAAGAUUGAUUUACCAGAGAAACAGAAACAUCAACUGCGACACCGAGAACUGUUUCUCUCACGUCAAUUGGAAUCCUUACCAGCCACUCAUAUUAGGUGUGGACUAAAUAAUUAGAUUUUUUGUGUAAUGGUUUUUAAUACACCUAAGAACAUACUUGUAUUUUACGUAAUGCAGGCAUUCCAAAUGCCCUUUUUUCUCAUCUUAUUUUUCUUUCUUUUUUUAGAGGCAAAUGCAGUGUUACACUCUUAAAUGAAACAGAAUCCCUUAAAUCCUAUCUGGAACGUGAGGUAGGCACAGAUAUAUGAAACUGAAAAUCUUCCAAGUUGUUUUGCCACACUUGUUUAAAGCACUUGUCCAAUGUUAAAAAGGUAAAGGACCCCUGACAGUUAAGUCCAGUCACAAACGACUCUGGGGUUGCGGCGCUCAUCUCGCUUUACUGGCCAAGGGAGCUGACGUUUGUCCGCAGACAGUUUUUCCAGGUCAUGUGGCCAGCAUGACUAAGCUGCUUCUGGCGAACCAGAGCAGCGCACAGAAACACCGUUUACCUUCCCGCCGGAGCGGUACCUAUUGAUCUACUUGCACUUUGAUGUGCUUUCAAACUGCUAGGUUGGCAGGAGCAGGGACCGAGCAACGGGAGUGCACCCCAUCAUGGGGAUUUGAACCGCCAACCUUCUGAUCAGCAAGCCCUAGGCUCAGGACCAAAUGGCAUGCUCCACCUUCCUCCUUGAUUUCCUGGUUCAUAGCCCUUUGCUGUGGCAUCCAAACCGCACCAACUGUGGCAUGUGCAAAUCAUAGCUUGCCUCUAAACGAGAAUUAGAAACCAUGGUUUGAAGGUGGCUUCUGCCUUUCUAAAAAAGCAAACCAUGGUUUGUUCGAUUCAGAUGUAAUGGCAAACCGUGGUUUGUUUCAAACCAGGAAGCUGUGGCGGAGCACAAUGUGCAGUGGCUUCUGGGAGCACAGUGACUAAGUCAUGGUCUACAAUAAUGCUUUGAAGUGGGACAAUAUUACCACCAUCUUGGGAUCGUACUAUGAAGAAAUACCACCUAAAUUACAGGUGGGCAUGGCUGGGACUAAAGUUCUCUAUUUAGUGUAUUUCACUUUUUGUAAAACAUACAGUUCUAAGAUACUACUGUCGUCUUUUCUGAGGCUUCAGGAGCUGUGAUGGGGCUUCUGUAAACAUUUAGACUCCAAUGCAGUUUGUUUCGGCAUAACUUCUUAGUGUUGCAUAUGAAGGCAAUUCUUUAAAUAGUCUAUUUGGCAUUUCUUGAACAUCUCUGGUAUAUUUGGUACAUUCAUGAACAUCUCUUAGAAAUCAGUCUGCAAAUGGAGUGAUGUGGUCUCCUAGGUACGUUAACUUAAAGGUGAGGCUUUAUGAGGGAGGAAGUUCUCUUACGAUAAGCAAGGUUGACGCCUUGUCUAAAGGAGAGAGGGAUUUUUCCAUAACAAAAAGUGGAAAUGCUAACUGAUCAGAGGUAUGGGACACAAUGUAGAAGGGACAGAGUUAAGGAGCAAAUGAGAGGUUGCCUGCAAAACUGAAUAAGGAACUUUAGUGCCAAGUGCCAAACUGGAGUGCCAAAAUGUCAUGGCAAAUCCUAACCUGAAGAAAUGGAAAAGAACAACCUGUUGAUUAGAUGCCAGAUAGAAGUGUGUGCCUAUGUUGGCAAAUGGAGCAGGUGUCGAAGCGUUUGUAUCCUACUGCUUCUCUCCAUAAAUGAGAGUCAAUUUAAUUAAUUGAUGAUAGUAUCUAGGCAUGCUUGCCCAAGCGUGCUUUGCACAACCACCCGUAGAGUGAAGUUUGAGGAACCAAGAAAUGGAGAAGCAACCUCAGGGGAGCCAGCAAGACUGUAACUCCACAAUAUUCUGCAAUUUUUCUGCUAUUAAACGCCGGGUAGAACUCAUCAUUUUUGGUCAAAUGGUUUUCUGGUGCCUAGCGAAUCUAAACUCCUCCUGUCAACACUCUUAUCUCAUUCACCCAUUGAGGUUGCACAGCUAUAUCUAGCUGACUCCAAACAUGGAACAAGUAGUAGUUCUGAGACUGCUACCUUGGAGAGCUUGGAUUGGAACAUCCUGCCUAGCGACUUAAAUUUUACUUUCACAAUACACACCUGCAUUUCCUAAUGUAUUUGGUGCACAUUGCUGUCUCCUUCCUAAAAUGAUAAUUUGUAAAAGGUAAUUUUUAUUUUUUUCAUGACUACAUACAGUGGUGCCUCGCAAGACGAAAUUAAUCCGUUCCGCGAGUGUCUUCGUCUAGCGGUUUUUUCGUCUUGCGAAGCAACCCUAUUAGCGGAUUAGCGCUAUUAGCGGUUUAGCGGCUAUUAAAGGCUUAGCGGCUUAGCUGCUAAAAGGCUAUUAAAGGCUUAGCGGCUUAGAAAAAGGGGGGGGGGAGCGAAAAAAAAUAUAUCUCAAGACUCACAAGACAUUUUCGUCUUGCGAAGCAAGCCCAUAGGGAAAUUCGUCCUGCGAAGCAACUCAAAAACGGAAAACCCUUUCGUCUAGCGGGUUUUCCGUCUUGCAAGGCAUUCGUCUUGUGGGGCACCACUGUACUUUAUAUGCAUUUGAUUUCUCACCACCAGGUUUUCUGUUGUCAUUUGAUGGUGCAAAAAUUGUUAGGAAUGACUCUAUACUCAUGAUUCAAGUGGUUGGAAAUGCUAUAAUUUUUACUUCCCUUCCUGUCCCCAGGACUUCUUUUUUUAUUCACUAGUAUAUGAUCCACAGCAGAAGACUCUUCUAGCUGACAAAGGAGAAAUCAGAGUGGGAAACAAGUACCAGGCUGAUGUAACAGACUUACUGAAAGAAGGUAGUUUCAUUUCUGAUUUCUGCAUGAAUCCAUAAAGAAUUCAUGUUGUGUUGUGGGAAUGUUUUGGAAACUGUUGGGCUCUAAGGUUUUUGUUUGAGGAACUGCGGAAUGCUCUCACAGCCUCUAUAUCCCAUGAUGUGUAACACUAACUAGUCCUUUCAUGCUGUCCAAACGUACAUAGUUUCUGUAAUGGUAAUUGAUCUUGGUUUACCUCUGUUAAAAUAUUUUUAUAGUGUUUUUCUAAAACGUUUCACAGCAGCUUCCAGCAUUUUAAAACAAUUCCAGAAUAAGAAACACAGACAUUUAAAAUUCAGAUUCAACUUUACACUAAGCUUCAAUCUGAAAAAUUCAGAAUAAAUUAUAUGGAACACUCUUAAAAAAACACUUUUGGACAGGAGGAUAUUCAGUUAAUAGGAUGGCACCUCCCACUGGACAGGAUAUGUGUUUUGCCUGCUCUUUCAAGUGUUUUGCCUGCUCUUUCAGGGGGAGGAGCCAUCCCACCCUCCAGAUUUUCCCUGCCUUUAGUCAGGUCUUUUGGGUCCUAUGUUCUAGGCAGAACUUAGCAUUUGUUCACUCUUUGAAAUGGUUUUUGUUUUGUCUUUACCUUUUUCUGCCUUGCCUUAAAUCCUCUUCUGUGUAUGUCGUUUAUCUGUCUUCUUGAUCAUCAUCAUCAUCAUCAUAAUAAUAAUAAUAGCAUCAUUGUUAGGUUAAAGAAGGGUGUCCUUUCUUUAGCUUCCUUUUCCUGUAAGUCUGCAGAUCUGCUGUGUUUUUCUUGUGGUUUUUCCCCCCUUUUCUUUUCCCUGGCACUUUUUACCAGCAUGAGACUUUCUCUGGUGGCACCUAGCACCCGGGGCUCACAGGGAAUGGAGCUAGCACAGAGAGUUCCCUGACUCAGCCUUCCUGUCAGGAGGGUUCUUUUGACUUCUCCUUCUGUUCUUCUGUUAUUAGCCAGCAGUUUUUUGUGAAUGAAGGGAGGACAUGACGCAUCACAGUCUUAAAUUCAUCUCUGCUGAACAAGAGAGGAGGAGAGAGACAAAUCAGUAACACUCCUGCAUUCUAUCUCUCGGACCACUGUACUAUUCUGCAAAGUUUGUUGCUCCAAUAGCAAGCUUGCCUUUGUUGUCAUUCUCCUUGUCAGGGAGUGGGAUCUCAUUUAAAAGAUCAGCAGGUGUAGUCAGCUCUUUUUUUGGAUUGGAACUGCCAUUUUUUGUUCACUUUGAGCAGGAGUUACCUAAUGGUUCUGUAUUUCCAAAGCUUUUGUGUACAUGUGAAUUAAGUGGGUUCUUUGGGUAAAUGGGGCUGGCAUAUGAAGUGCUGGAUAGUUGGAUGUGUACUUUUCACUCAUGUUAUUCUGCGGAGGUAAACUCUUCUUGGCAAUACUACAAAAGAGACAACCGUAGCAUUUUUCACCAGUGAACGUUAAAUGUUUUCUGUAGUUUCCAAGAUUUGUGGAAGGCAAGCUCUUCAUCAGUACGCUAUUUGUUUUGCCAGAUUGCCUAGAUAAACCCUUUUUUUAUUUGAAUUUGUUUAGGUGAAGAUGAUGGCAGAGACCAAUCAAAACUUGAAACAAAAGUUUGGGAAGCAUUUAAUCCACUAAUAGACAAACAGAUAGAUCAGUUCCUUGUAGUAGCACGGUAAGGAGAAAAACACCACAAUUUGCGUCUUAAUCUGGUUAUUCCCCCGCUUUCUGAUUAUACUGUUCCCCUAAACAAAUGCUUGCUGUUUGUCAAACAAAAAGUUUUGUUUGCCAUUGCAUCAUUAUGGUAAUUAUAAUCUUAAUGUUUAUAUACCAUUGUUUUGGGAUUGAGUCAUUCAUUAGCAAUGAUUUGAUUUGCUAGUAAAGCAGAUAAUUCACUGAUCUCUUCCACUGUGUCCCCAAAUGUUCAGUAAGUUUGCACAAGGGCGGUCUCUGUACUAAGGCCGUGUCCUGAUCGUUAAUGAUAUAGUCAACAUUAAUAAUGUCUUCAUUGCAAGCUUUUUGGAAGUUGUUACUGAGUUUUAAAUGUAUGGCCUGUAGCACUUGCAUGCAUCGGACUGGGUGGUGCGGAUACUUCCCACAUGGAGGAAUGAAUAUAGGUAUAUUGCAAAUGAUACUUGACUGAAGGAGGCAAAUUUUCAUUGUUCAGCUUGCUGCUGUUCUAAAACCAUUUGUGAAUGGAAAUCCUCGCAAUAGCAAAUAUUUUCUCUGACCUUUCCUGAUUCUGUUGAUUUGAAAGACUGGUAGUGGUUUUUCUGUAUCCUUCAUGCAAGUGUGAACAUUCAGUUAGCAAUAGUUUUCAGGUGUGUGGCAUAUGAAAUAACUAAUAAUAAAUAAUAAUAAUAAAUUUUAUUUAUAUCCCGCCCUCCCCAGCCAAAGCCAGGCUCAGGGCGGCUAACAACAAACAAAUAAUCAAACAAUCAAAUAAUCCAACAUUCUAAAACAUUUCAUUAUAAAAUUAAUUAAAAUCAAAUUAAUGGCAACCGUUAAGCAAAGUUCUGUGCAGGUUGCCGGAGGUGGGAGUCAGGCUGGGCCCUGACCAAAGGCCUGGUGGAACAACUCUGUCUUGCAGGCCCUGCGGAAAGAUGUCAGGUCCCGCAGGGCCCUAGUCUCUUGUGACAGAGCGUUCCACCAGAUUGGAGCCGCAGCCGAGAAAGCCCUGGCUCUAGUUGAGGCCAGCCUAACCUCUCUGAGGCCUGGGACCUUCAGGAUGUUUUUAUUUGCAGACCGUAGGUUCCUCUGUGGGGCAUACCAGGAGAGGCGGUCCCGUAGGUACGAGGGUCCUAGGCCGUAUAGGGCUUUAAAGGUUAAAACCAGCACCUUAAACCUGAUCCUGUACUCCACCGGGAGCCAGUGCAGCUGGUAUAGUACCGGAUGAAUGUGAUCUCGCAGCGAAGACCCCAUAAGGAGUCUCGCCGCGGCAUUCUGCACCCGCUGGAGUUUCUGGGUCAGUCCCAAGGGCAGCCCCACGUAGAGCGAGUUACAAUAAUCCAGUCUGGAGGUGACCGUCGCGUGGAUCACAGUGGCUAGGUCAGGGCGAGAGAGAUAAGGGGCCAACUGCUUAGCUUGGCGGAGAUGAAAAAAUGCCGCCUUUGUUAUAGCUGUAAUCUGCGCUGGAGAUAGAGAGGGAGGUAUCGAAGAUUACACCCAAACUCUUAACGGACGGUGCUGGCACUAAUUGCACCCCCGCAAGAGAUGGGAGUUGCCCCCCCAAUCCCAUAUCGUCCCGUCCCAGCCAGAGGACCUCUGUCUUCGAAGGAUUUAACUUCAACCGGCUUCCGCGUAACCAUCCAGCCACAGCUUCCAAACAUCUGGUCAGUGUGUCUGGGGAAGGAAAGGAGAUGGGAGUUGCAGUCAGGCCUGAGACAAGGAAGUAGCAUAUAGAUGUAAAGCAAGAUGUUUGGGGAACUGUCUUGAGGGCAUUAGACUUCAUCUGAUGCAGUCCCUUGUUGCUGAGUUCUGUCAUUGGCUUUAUAGAGCAUUGUCCUUGUAUGGCAUGAGAUUGAUAUGUGCUUUGAAGAGCAUGGGCAUCAUGAGCAUCACAGAGGUCCUUGAAGGAAAACAAACAAAUGUUAGCAAAUGGUACUUGGACAGAAAAGUGUAUUCAUCAGUUGCUAGUACCUUUUUUGGAUUCCCUGAUGGCAAUUUAACUUGCUCUAGGCAUAGGCCUCUAGUAAGGUUUAAACAUGCGAUAGGUGCCUUAUUCCACAUUUAGGCACUGAUUUUGUAUAUUCUCACUUCUUAAACUGUGAUUUUCUUCAGGUUUCAAGCUCAUGAAAAUGAAUUUCAUCAACUUGGGGGAGAACUAAAUAUGAGGUUACAUGAGAUAAAUAAGCAGAGGUCCUCCUUUUUCCUCUGGUAGCGGUAAACAAAAAGGUCAAGGUGUACAUCCUGUACAGAACUCAUUGCCACAAGCAGUGAAUGCCAAAGAAGUCAUUUUGUCACUCCGGCAAGUAGUGUGUAUAAGCCAUCAUAUUGGAAGACAAGAUGAUGGUUUUGAAUUUAAGUUUUGGUCAAUAUUUCAAUCCGCCACCUGGGUUAGAAACCAACGUUGCAUGAACUAAGGUGAUAGUCACACUGGAUUCAAAGAAUUUAUGGUCACGUUACACAAUUCUUCAUUAUUACAUAACCAAAAGAUGUGCAAAAUUGCUACAUCAGUUGUGUUCUGUUUUCAGAUUACUUUGACAUGAAAACCUCAGAUGGAGCUGAUAAAAGACUCACACUUAAGCAAAUGUUUCGGUGGAGCUGCUGGCAGCAUGGACUCCAGCAAAGCAGAGGAGGUAACGACUUGUAAUCUACGAACCUACAUCAAAACAUAAAUAUGCCUGCUAGAAAUGUGCACAUAGGCAAUCAUUUAACACAGGACAGUUGCUGAAUUUGGCACAUUUCUGGCAUUCCGAUUCUCAUGCUAGUUAUUCAUCCCUGAUAAAGCACAGAGCAUAUUGACUUCACUUGUGUGUUCUUCCUCAAGUUAUGGAAGCAGUAUGAAAAUCAAUGGGAGAUGCAGCAAGAGUUCUUUAGCCACAUUCCUUCUUGCUUUGAAGACAUCAUUUCUAAAUGCAACAGCUUUGUUGCAUUGAUUCAGUGUUCGAUAGCAUCAGAAUCUGAUUCUUUGCUUGGACUGAGCAGCCACACAAUGAAGUUAUCAAAAUAGGCCAUGCAUAGUGGUGCAAUAUUACUUUCAAAAUAUCGGUGUAAUCUCUUCUGAAAAGAAUAGAAGUUUGGAAGUGGCAGAGAUCUGACCAAUCUCACACAAUACAAUACAGGCAACACCCAGUUGCGUUCCAGGUCCUUGUGUGCAGUGGCAGAGACUUACAAGCCCACCCCAUUCUGGUCCCUUCCCCUUUUCCUGCCACUUCUGGGUUUGCAGUGAUGCGCGUGUGCACGGUUGCGCAUGCUUUGAACGUGCGCAAAACGGUUGUUGCCUGUACAAUGCCGGAUUAGUCAUUAUGGCGCAGCUGUUGUCUGAGGCAGUUGUUUCAUAUCAUACAAUGGCUGCCCAAGUGGGAUUCCAGCUGGAUGACUGUGAGAGUGUUUGUUUUGAGCUCAUUUGAUAUAUAUAUAUUUUUAAAAUGUUGCAAUUGACUCAGCAGUCCUAACGGCUGGGUAUUGAGCAUAUUUGCCUUAUCUUCUUUUACAUUAACACAAAAGGGUUUUAUUUUGUUGGGAGCUGUCCAGAGUGGCAUAUAAAUAACAGACAUUAAUUAAUUAAAAUUAAUCUCUAUUAACUGCAAGAUACAAGUUUCUGGCUGGGAGUCCAUAGUCGUGCAGAGUCUUUUGGAGUUUUAAGUUCUGAAAACCAAUAUAGCACACGGAUAUUCAUCAUCUCAAUAACUUUUCUGGCUUACCCUGAGUGUCAGGGAACUGCCAUCAGUGCCGGAGGGAGAGAGCAAGAUCCAGAGGGAUUCCAGAGAGCGUCCCGGAAUUGGGAGAGGCAGCCCAUCUUCUGGGGAAGAGAAUCAGCGUAGCACCAGUGGAGAAGGGGGGCAGAUGGGGGAAGCGGCGAGGCGGUCCCAUGACUCCUUGCCGGGGACCAGCGGGGAGAGUAGGGGUCCUCCGCUGCCUAUGCCCUCCUUGCGCAGAAGGCUUUUGCGCAGAGAGAGUAGGAGGAGACUAGGCGUCAAAGAGCUUAUUUGCUGGAAGAAGUUUAAGAAAUGCCCACUGACGGAUUCUGCCAGCGAUUGAGACAGCCACGGGUGAGUGGCUGUCCGGACAGAAAAGGUUCACUCAGGCAACCCAGCCAGGUGUUUGCACUGGCUUACGCACGAGCAACCCCUAGAACCACUACACUGAGGAUGAGCUAAGCACCUAGAUUUUGAAUAAAAUAGGUAAGGGUCCACCCUCUCUCCCACCCUGAAGUAAGAGGACAUUGAAGGACAGAGCGGAAGAGCUUGAGGCUAUGAGCCAAGCACUUCAGAGAAGCCCUCUGUGUGUAUAACCUGGAGUCGCAGGUCUUACUAUACAAGGGUACGAGAAACAGGGAGCACCACUUGUAUCCGAAAAUGUUUCACAUGUUAGUCAAAGAAGACAAAAUAAAAUCACAAGCUUCUUCCCCCGAGGGAUGAAGUAGCUGGCAAUGAACGUACAUCUCAAUCUCCAGCCGCCAGGCUUGUCUAUAUUGACUACAGGGGUGCAGCGCAAGAGGCUAAUUGGGGAUAAUGUGUCAUUAAUCUGGCCAUGGAGAUGGCUUUGGCUGAAAACGCACUAGCUGCUGGUAGGAUGCAACCAGUGGAGCGAAGGGAGCUAUUGGAUGAUCUCAUGUUAAAACAGGUGAAUGAGCUUGCAAAGUGCCAUACUCAAGAGAAUGAGACUUCCCUACCUAGAGUGGAGCAGAGGGAGGAGAAAGACAUUAACUUACUAUUUCAAUGGACCAAGUAUAUCACAAAGGAAGAGGAAGUCUUAGAAUGUAUUCAAUAUACUGGAUGAAAAUUCUAGAAGAGUGUCAAAAGCCUGUAAGGAAAUGUGGCACCAAAAAAAGGAAUAAAGUCUCUAUAUAUGAUCAACAUACCUCUGUCUCUCCCCCAGCAAAAGUUGAGAAGGAAACGGCAAUGCAAGAUCCCUGGUUUGGUGUUUGAAAAGGGUAUAGAAUUGAGAACUAUCUCAACCGCUGUCACAGCCGUCAAGUCUACAAUAUUAUGCUGAUUGGGAUUUACAACUAAUAUGUCAAAAUAGGGCUUUUGUAUCUACCCAAAACAAAGUGGGCUUCUCUCCCAGAGUGAACAGAAUCUUGUCUAAUCAAUAUAUCACAACCAGCAAUCACUGGCUUAUAUAUGACUAUCCAAGUGGUGGUGUUCUGCUUGCACAACUUUACUAUUUCUCACAGUUUGGAAGAUUAGUAGCAGAAGAAUUUUAUUUAAACAGUGGUUGCCAUGAAGCUUUUGCUUUUCAAGGGAUGCCUAACACCUUCAUCUUUCAAGUACAUUGUUCAGACUGUACACACUUUCAAUGUAAAAUAGCACCGUUAGCUCACGUUAUAUUAUGUUAAGAAAAGACUCUCUUCUUGCACAGUCUCCACAUGCAGAUAAAAACAUACAACUUCUACUUCUUCCUCCUGCCUUGCUUAGGAUGAUAAUGUGCCUCAGUAGCUAUUAGAUCUCAUUCUUCUCUGUCAACUGGUAUUGCACUGAAUGAUUCAAAUGACACUUUUAACUGCCUUUAUAGUGAGCUGCUGGAGGUAUAUUUUUGCUUGAUAAUGCUUGUGCUUUUUUCACUUGAUGAUGAAGAAAGGGUUUCACUUUCAACUUGUAUCUUGUAUGAAUUUCUUAGUGAUCUCUAAAUGUGCGUAAAAGAAUUGUAGCAAAACCACUGGCCAUUGAGGCUUUUGGAAUGUUGCACUGUAGGAUUAAAACACCGUGAAAGUUUAUGGAAAAUACAUUUCUAGGAAGUGUUGAUUUCAGCAGCUGUCCUUUGUUAAACAGAUUCCUAGUUUUCAUUAGUACAAUUCCAGCAGGUAUGCUGAGGCUGGUGGUUGACUGUGAGCGUACUUCACUGACACCAUUAUGCAUGUUGUAGAUUCUGAGUCGUAUCUCCCAUGGUUCACUGGACUCAGCGAUGCUACAUGACACAUGACGUUUGCUUAAGAGUGGUGAGGGCAAGUUUCGUACUGACAACCUGCAUUUAAAUGUUUUCCUUCUGAGGGAAUCUCAAAUGGAAUAAAGUUGAUGUAGCAAAUUUCCAUCCUUUUGGGGUAUGCAAAAAUGAAUAAUAAAAAAACAUUUGCAGCAGCCAUCUGCGAACCCAGUAUAGCUGUGAUGAUGGACACAAUUUCUCUUCUUGGUUCCUACAAUGUUGACUUUGUCAUCUAAAUAAGUUCCUAACCUGAUGAGGGAGUGAGCUGAAACAUGGCAUUUGUGACAUCUGUCUUAGAUUCCGGUACACACACUACUUAUUUUCCCCAGAUAAAGGUAGACAGUUUUCUGCGAUGACAAAAUUGAGAGGGGGUGGGCAACGGUCACUACUAUGUGUGGGGAAAAUGUGUAUUAUCAUUGAAGUCAAUGAAAAUGUAGCAAAAAUGCUUUUUUUCCUCGUACAAAUAAAUGAUACAUACCAAAUUGUUUUUGAAAGUGCUUGCUGUAAACUUGUUACUUUCUUCGCUUUGUGUGUGUUUUCUUGCACGGAAUGUCAACCUUCUCUUCAUUUUUUUUAGCUCUGUGGGUACAUUUGCUCGCGCUCUAGACUGCAGCAGUUCUGUUCGGCAGCCAAGCUUACACAUGAGUGCUGCAGCAGCAUCUAGGGAUAUCACACUGGUAAGAAUUUAAGAAAAUAAAUCCUAAUGCUGGAUUUUCAGUUAAAAGUAAUACCUCUAUAGCAUAAAGGCACAAAGAGAGUAAUAUAUCAGUUUGAAAACACUGGAAGAGUCCUGAAGCAUUUUACAUUGGUGUCGGUUGUGUGCUUAAGAGACAGUUCAGUUAGGAGCCAAUUGGAGCUGUGAAUCUAUAACACACACAAAAAAUCUAGGAUGUACAUAGUAACUUUUAAGCUUGUGAUCAUUUACAAUGCUUAUUUAAAUGAUUUGUAUGACUGAUGUGGAGUUUAUUAAUUGGGAAGGGGUUUCCUGUACCAGUUCAACAGAAUUUAAUCCCUACUCAUUGGUGUUCACCGGGUGGUUAAAUCCUGUCCAGUUGGGAAGUUCAGUGCAAACCAUUGAACCACUGCUCCAAUGAAGGUUUCUUCCUUAGUUUAAUCAGUACCUUGCCCAUGUUAAAACAAGGGGGGGGCGCUUUGUUUUAGCAGCAACUUUGGAGUCCUGACCAGAUGUCAUUGUGACGUUGGGUGAUUUCACCACCCACAUGUCAAAUUUGGCCUGGUAAGGAUUUGGCCUGUGGAGCCAAAAAUAUUCCUCAUGCCAGCAUUAGAGGAGGAGGAUAAUAAUAAUAAUAAUAAUAAUAAUAAUAAUAAUAAUAAUAUAUUCCUUCCAGUAGCAUUACCCUGCCCAUCCUUCUGGGUUUUCCCAGGUACUCUGGGUGGAUUACAGCAUAUAUAAAAACAUAAUAAAACAUCAAACAAACCCCUGAUAUGUAUCAGUCCCCUAGUUUCAUUCAUAGCUUUUUAUUUUGAAAUGUGGUGCGUUUUUUUAUGUAGUGGGAACUUCUUUUUUUACACUUUGUAUUUGGUUUGUUUUAUGUAGUUCCAUGCCAUGGAUACUUUGCACAAAAACAUCUAUGACAUUUCCAAGGCAAUUUCUGCCCUUGUGCCCCAGGGUGGGCCUGUCUUGUGCAGGGAUGAAAUGGAGGAAUGGUCUGCUUCUGAGGCAAAUCUCUUUGAAGAAGCCCUUGAAAAAUAUGGAAAGGAUUUUACUGAUAUUCAGCAAGAUUUUGUAAGUAGGCAAACGGCAUUGCACAUCUAGAAAAUCGUGGACAGCAUUCUCCAGUUAAAGGAAUUAGGGCAGUAUUCAACUAAAAAUUGUGUAAGCAGAACAUCUUCUAUUUGUGCAGUGGCAAAUUCUCUUCCCCAUGUGUCCCAUGCCAUUUCCAAAUUGCUGCUAUAGUUUAGCGAUACUGAGUUACAUGCUUGGGGAAUAAGCCGAAUGCUGUGGACAUAGCGCAUCUUGAUUUAAGUAAGGCUUUUGACAACGUCCCCCAUGAUAUUCUUGCAAGGAAGUUGGUAAAAUAUGAGCUUGACAAUGUAACCGUUAGGUAGAUUUGUAGCUGGUUGACUGACUUAACCCAAAGACUACUCAUUAGUGGUUCAUCCUCAUCCUGAAAAAAAGUUAGAAGUAGGGUGCUGCAGGGUUCUGUCCUGGGUUCAUUGUUGUUCAACGUCUUUAUAAAUGACUUGAAGGAAGGAUUUGAGGGGCUGCUCAUCCAAUUUGCAGAUGACACCAGACUGGGAGGGGUAGCUAAUGUCACAGAAGACAGAAUCAUAAUUCAAAAUAACCUUAACAGAUUGGAGAACUAGGCCCAAACUAACAGAAUGAGUUUCACUAGGGACAAAUGUAAGUUUCUGCACUUAGGAAGGAAGAAUCAGCUGUACAAAUGUAAGAUGGAAGACUCCUGGCUUACCAGUAGUACAUAUGAAAAGGAUAUAGGGACCACAAGCUUAACAUGAGUCAACAGUGUGAUGCAGCAGCAAAGAAAGCUAAUGCCAUUCUAGGCUGCAUCAACAGAAGUCUAGUGUCCAUAUCAAGAGAAGUAAUAGUACCACUCUUAUUCUCCCUUGGUCAGACCACACUUGGAAUACUGUGUCCAAUUCUGAGCACCACAAUUUAACUCAUAGAAUCCUAAAAUCCCCCUGCAAUGCAGGAAUCUCAACUAAAGCAUCCAUCACAGAUGGCUAUUCAACCUCUGUUUAGAAACCUCCAAAGAAGGAGAGGUUUGUCUCACCAUCUUCUGGAAGGUGUGCAGAGGAGGGCGGCCAAGAUGAUCAAGGGUCUGGAAACAGUUGAAGGAGCUGGAUAUGUUUCGCCUAGAAAAGAGGAGACUGAGAGGAGGUAUGAGAGCCAUCCUCAAAUAUCUAAAGGGUUGUCACAUGGAAGAUGGAGCUAGUUUGUUUUCUCCUGCUCUGGAGGGUAGGACUCUGACCAGUGGCUUCAGGGUACAAGAAAGGACUAAACAUCAGAAAAAACUUUCUGACAGUAAGAAGAAGAAGAAGAAGAGGAAUUUGGAUUUGAUAUCCCGCUUUAUCACUACCCGAAGGAGUCUCAAAGCAGCUAACAUUCUCCUUUCCCUUCCUCCCCCACAACAAACACUCUGUGAGGUGAGUGGGGCUGAGAGACUUCAGAGAAGUGUGACUAGCCCAAGGUCACCCAGCAGCUGCAUGUGGAGGAGCGGAGACACGGACCCGGUUCACCAGAUUACGAGUCCACUGCUCUUAACCUUCACCACACUGGCUCUCAGUUGGUGUCCGACAGUGGAAAGGUCUUCCUAGGGAGAUGGUGGACUCUCCUUCAUUGGAGGUUUUUAAACAGAGGUUGGAUGGCCAUCUAUCAGGGAUGCUUUAGUUGAGAUUCCUGCAUUGCAGAGGGUUGGACUAGAUGAACCUCGGGGUCAUUUCUAGCUCUUAAGAUUUUAGGAUUCUAUGAGUUCUGGUACCAUUUUCCCAGCUGGAAAUGCAUUGUGAAAAGCCAAUGGUGAUCAAGGCUUUAAAGGUUUAGUCUUAGGAGGCUGGAACAGAUUAGACAUUGUACUUGUUUCUAACAUCAUCCAGAACAUUGUACCUGAGGCAUGUUGGAAAUCAUACGACUAUGUGUGAGAUGCAGCCCACAGGGCCUCCAUACUGGGACUGAAACCACCCCAGUUUGGCUCUGCAGUACAUCCUUGCACAGCAACUAGGUUGAUAAAAACAGCUUUUACUGGUGUUUUUUAAGCCUAAUUGCAGUAUGGGGAAGGUGAAGGGGUGUGUGUGUACAAAGCUAGAUAAAGAAGAGUUAACUCACUUCUUCAACAUCUAGCUUUGUGGCAGUUGGGUAGCUAUAUGCUUGGGAACUUCUGAGUUCUGACUUUUUGCUAUUAAAGUCUUUUGUUCCCAGGAUGAUGUAGAUUUGACACCUCAUGGGCUUUUCUUGGUUUUGUUUAUACGUGUUCUUAGCUUCCAUGGAAGUCCUUAACCAGCAUAAUUGAGUACUAUUAUAUGUGGAAAACAACAGAUCGGUAUGUUCAACAGGUAAGAACAAUGUAGUUACAUUUCUCAAAACAGAUGCUUCUAACUUCUAAUUGCAAUCUAUUGUAGUAGUCAUUAUAAUCCUAUAUACUCAGUUUUGCUGACAUUUGAUGAAUGAUUUGAAACUUGUAACUCCUUUUUGAGUGGGUGAACAUGACUGCCAGAUGUCUCAUUAAGGUGGGGGAUGUCUGGAUUGACUUGGGGUGGCUCUCUCCAACUCAGAGAUCUCUUCUGGAAAAAGCAUAGGAGGGUCAUUUGCCACUGAGACUAACAAAAAACUAUUGUGUUCAGUAUGUUUUUAAUUAGCUGUUUCUUACCUAUUUUCUUAUUAUUGAAACUUCGCAAUGGAAUUCGAUAUUUUCCCACUGUCUUAGCAGAUAAAUUAUUUGAAGUCUUAUGGUUACAUGUGUCUUUAGGAACAUGCAUAUACCGUAUUUUUUGCUCUACAAUAUGCACUUUCCCCCUCCUAAAAAGUAAGGGGAGCGUCUUAUGGAGCGAAUGCAGGCUGCAUUGCUUUCGCUGAAGCCAGAAUAGCAAGAGGGAUAGCCGCGCAAAGCCUCUCCAACAACAUUUGAUUCAGAAUAUUUUUUUCCUUGUUUUCCUCCUCUAAAAACUAGGUGUGUCUUAUAGAGUGAAAAAUACGGUAUACCUGAUCUACACAUGAACCCCCAAGCACAGUGUAGUGUAAUGGUUAGAGUUUUGGACCUGGGAGACCAGGGUUUGAAUCCCCACUCAGCCAUGAAGCUCACUGGGUGACCCUGGGCCAGUCACCCAUCUCUUAGCCUAACCUACAUCACAUUGUUGUUGUGAGGAUGAAAUCAUAGAAUUGUGGAGUUUGAAGGGUCAUCUAGUCCAACCCCCAGCAAUGCAGGGGUCUCAAAUGAAGCAUCCCUGACAGAUGGCAAUCCAACCUCUGCUUAAAAACCUCCAAGAAAGGAGAGUCCACAACCUCCAGAGGGAGACAGUUCCACUGUCAAGCAGCUCUUAAUAUCAGAAAGUUCUUCCUGAUAUUUAGUCAGAGUCUCCAUUCUUGUAACUUCUACCUUCUGUGAUCUUACAUGUAUUGCCUUAACUAAGUGGUGUGCAAUUGGUUCAGUUUCUUUGCAGGGCUCUAGCCAUGAUUAAAAUCUGUUGCUUUAAUUUCUUAUGGUAUGAAUUCAUUUCUUUAAUGUACUGAUUAAUAUUUUCAGCCCUGCUGAUCAGUAAUAUUCAGAAACUACUUUAUAAAUCCAUGAUGCUAACAUAAAGGGAUGAACUGCAGCCCUUGUUUCCUCAAGGUGAAUUGACUUUUUGUAUAGAGGUAUUUGUUGAGAACAGGAAAAUGUAUCAGAUUUAGUUACAAUUUGUAUGGAUUGCUUUUAUGUUCUAAUUUUAUUUUAUUGUAUUGUAUUCAGAAAAGGUUGAAAGCUGCAGAAGCAGAAAGCAAGCUAAAGCAAGUAUAUAUUCCUAAUUAGUAAGUGCCUGUUCUUAUAUAUAUUUACAGAUGGAAUGCAAAUAUUAUAGCCAUUCUUACUUGUCUUGCAAACUUAUGUAUGUGAAUUUUUAACCAUGAAAUAGUUGUUACAUUCUCUAACAGGGCAAUCCAAUGCAUGCCUACUCUGAAGCAAGUCUGAUUUUCUUCAAGGGAUCUUAGUCCCAUGGAUGUGUGUACAGAACCGCAGCAUAAAUUCUGUAAUGUUUGUUUCUGCUAAAAAGCUACACUUGUCUCAAAACCUCAACCAAAACAGCUUUGAUUCUCCUAGGGAUCCCAAGAUGGAUUGUACAAAUGCAGGCUAUCAUCUCUUGUGAGACACGGCAUUGUAUUUGUUCUGUACUAAAUCGAAAAUGAAGCUAUGGUUAGAGAGAGGAAAACAAAUUUUUGAUCCAUUCCUGUACAUGGGUGAGGGUGUUUUCAUCCCUUCCCAGAUGUGCACAGGGGUGGGCUGUGUUUGUGACAGUGGCUUCACAUUUUAAACCAUUAAUAUGAACAUUCUACUAGAGAUUCAGGUAAUAAUAAUAAUAAAAUUUUUUAUUUAUAUCCCGCCCUUCCCAGCCAAAGCCGGGCUCAGGGCAGCUAACAACAAUAAAACAGUACAACACAACACAACACUCUAAAAUCAUUCAUUAUAAAAUUAAUUCAGAUCAAACCAAUGGCAACCAUUGGGCCAGAUAGGUAGGUAGCCGUGUCGGUCUGACGCAGUUGAAAUAAAAUAAAAAAAUAAGAAAAUUGUCCAGUAGCGCCUUAGAGACCAACUAAGUUUGUUCUGGGUAUGCACACUUCUUCAGAUACCCGAAGAAGUGUAUCUGAAGAAGUAUGCAUGCACACGAAAGCUUAUACCCAGAACAAACUUAGUUGGUCUCUAAGGUGCUACUGGACAAUUUUCUUAUUUUUUUAUACUAUUAGAGAAGAGCAUAAGGAAGGACUGCUCUUCUCUCGCUCUCGCUUACUCUCACACAGGGCUGCAAAGGCAAACACCAGCCAAAAGCUCUUGACCCUUGGGAAGAGAAAAGAGGAAGAACUAAGCAGGAAAAUAACUCGGAAGGGGAAAUGGUAUCCAGGAACUUCUGGCACGUUCGGGCUGUUACAGGUUCAGACAUUGAAUGCAUUAGAAAAGAAUGGAGUGGCUCUAGAAUGAUGGUUUCCAAACACACAAAGCUUGUUUUGAAAAGCCUAGUGCUGUCCUCCAUGAAUUUGUCUUAUCCUCUUUUAAAGCCAUCCAAGUUGGUGGUCAGUUCCACAGUUUAACUAGGUGCUGCACGAAGAAGUAUUCAUGUCAAGCUCACUGAUCAGUAGUUACCUGGUUCUUCUUUCCCCCCUUUUUGAAGAUGGCUCAGCGCCCAGGGAAUUGGUGGUGGGACACUGAGGAGAGGUCAUAGGGAGAGACUUGGGGGGAGGAGCUGGAUGUUGAAGGAGCAACAGGGUUUAGUGGGCAGGAAGAGACAGGGAGCAGCAGUUCAGACUCUGAGGCUGAAGCAGAGGAGGGAAGUCAAGAGGCUGCAGAAGAAUCCAUGGAGUCUCCCCCUCCUGCUGUGACAAGCUCCCCUUCCCCUUGGUAUCCCAAGAACACACAGGAUGAGGAGGAGGGCAGAACAGAGGCCAGAGGUGCAUAGACACAGCUUGAGACUGCUUGGGAAACAUCUGGGAGAGGAGAAGCCUUAGAUAGGGUGGAAGGCAGGGACCUUCAGUCCUGGCAACUGCUCCAUAGGAGGAAGACCUGCUGGGGAGUGUUACUGAGUUUUAUGCCGUUUCCUUGAAUAAAGAGUCAACUUCACUGACAGCAGAGCCAUAUGUCUUUUGUACUGACCUCCAUCUGACUCCAGCCCUGACAGUUAUUGUUAUUAUUGCUUCAAAACUAAAACUCAAAUUCAGGAAUGAAUAUAGCUAUUGGUUUUUCUGUAAAUUGUUGAUCUUCUGUCGCUCUUUGAAAAAUAGAUCAUGUAUUUGAUAUGCUAUAAUGUAACACUGGUGCAGUGUUUACUAUUUAUUUCUUUAUUGCAUUUAUUUAUAUCCCGCUCUUCAGAACACAAAUCUCAGUCUCAGUCAGUUUUAUUGCACAUAGCCAUAGGCUGCCGCAAUGUACACAGAAUUAUUUGACAAUUAAAAGAAAAUAUACUGAAUUGGUAAAAAAAGACUUAAAACAUUUAUAUUAUUAAAACAUUACAUACUCUAAACAAAGCUAUAAAAGUACCCCAAUGUACAAAUAAAAACAUUAAACAAUAAAAUUCAUAAGCUAAAAUCAUCACAUGGUCACUAAUGUUAAAAACAAGGACGAACCUGAAAUCUGUCAGAGGACAGCAAUGGACACCACCCCUAAUCGCGCUGGGAAACAUCUUUGUGAAGUUAUAAUAAAGCAUAACCUUUUGUUAUGCAAUGGGCACGGUCAAGGGGAUCAAGAGGGUUAUUUUACUUUUAUCUCCCCCAGAGGAUUUACUAGCACCAUAGAUUAUAUCCUAACAUCUGAUAAUGUGCCAGUUAACUGAGAUACCUUCAGGAUAAUUCCCAGAGCUGAAAGUGACCACUUUCCACUUGAGUUAUCUCUGACAUUAUUCUUUUCUCCUGCCUUUCCUAAAUUAUUGGAUGAAACAGAAUAUCUGAUACUUGGAAAUAGAAGGUUAAAAUGGAAUGCACCGGUCCAAGAAAAAAUGAUUCAGAUCCUGGAUUCCCAUGAAUUUGCUCUAUUAAAGGGGGAAAUGUUGUUUGAAACAGGAAACGUAAUUGGACUUUAUGAGAACAUAAUCAACCGAAUGCGCCCACUGAUGACCACAGCUAGUGUGAUAAAAAACAAAAAGUUUAAGAGACAGAACACAAAUCUUUCCAAGCCAGGUUAUAGGAAACAUUAAACAGUUUUUUAAAAAAGCACAAAUAAUGAAAGCCAAUCAAAUCAUUUCCAAAGUACAAUUGAUAGUAGAACUGCUGGAAGGGAGGAUAUUUGCAUUUUGUGGAGAACAAAUAAAGUUUGAUAAAAAACAAGUAAACAAAUGUAAUACAUUGUUUUUCUGAGAUGUAGAUGAAAACUCAAUAAUGGCUGUGGAACUUCUGCAAGUCUAAACUGCAUGUAUAGCUUUUAGACACCUGUUCCUUCUCAAUUAAUGUAGUUCUUGAACUGUUUAGCACUAAGAGAGUUGACUGGGGGAUUGACAGUUUCAUUUGGCAGAAGAGGGGGGGGGGGCUGGGUGCACUACAUUCUUCUCUAAGUUAGUGAAAAUAUUUUAUGUUAGAACUAUUAGAAAUGGGAGAUACUCAAUAUUUAUUUACCAUGUCUGAAGUAUCAGAAGGUUGCAUGUUCCCUUGGUUCUUGGCAUCCGUCUGUCUCAGGAGACAGUGGAAGCAUGUGCCUUCGGGGGUGAAGUCAACCCAUUGGAGAGUUACAGUACCUGCUGUGGCUGUAUAGGCCGAUAAAAGGAGAGACAUGUUUUGUUGCAGCGGGGGCAGGUGAAGGCGUCUGGUGGUGCUGAUGGCAUUUCUUCCCAUAAACUAACCACCCAUUUCCUGUUUUUCAUUUCUUUAAGUAACAAGCCAAACCCCAACCAGAUCAAUGUCAAUAAUAUCAAGCCAGGAGUGGUAAAUGGUACAGGAGUUCAGGCACAGAACACGGGAACGGGACGAGCCUGCGAAAGCUGCUAUAGUAAGUGAUUUGUGAAUGUAGCCCUGUGUGCAAGAAAAAGAAGCCCAUGAGGGAAUGCAAGUCCAAUCUUAUGUGCCCUUUUCUUUUUAGAGUAGACACAUACAGUUGUACCUUGGAAGUCGAACAGAAUCUGCUCCAGAAAUCCGUUUGACUUCCAAAACGUUUGGAAACCAAAGUGCGGCUUCUGAUUGGAAGCUCCUGCAGCCAAUCAGAAGCCCCGUCGGACGUUCAGAUUCCAAAGAAAGUUCACAAACUGGAACACUCACUUCCAGGUUUAUGACAUUCGGGAGUCAACACAUCCGAAUACCAAGGUGUAUGGGAUCCAAGGUACGACUAUUUUAAAUCUGUGACUCAGGGCCAAACACUUACCACCUCCCCUCUUGUCUUGCUUCCUGGAGAAGCCUGGCUUAUUGACUAUGCCAAGUUGCUAAGAGAAGCACCACUAGGACAGGAAGUGGUUGUAUGAUAUGGGUCUGGUCGCAUCACCAUGUCUCCUGGCAUCAUUUGGUCCAGUAAUGGAGGAGACUUAAGGACAGGGGGGUUGCCAUCUGAAGCCAGGAGAAAGACUACACUCAGAUAUCCCAGAAGGAAGAGGAAGCUGAAGAUGCUAAAAUCCCAGCAUAUCUACACCCUCAAACAUCUUUAUGCGCCCCCUUGCCCAGAUUAUCCGGAGCUUUGGGCUGGGCUGUCACCAAUAUGCUGAUGACACUCAGCUCUAUCUGCUGAUGGAUGGCCACACCGACUCGGCCCCGAACACGCUGACCAGAUGCUUGGAAGCUGUGGCUGGAUGGUUUUGUGGGAGCCGAUUGAAACUAAAUCCUUCGAAGACAGAGGUCCUAUGGCUGGGUCGGGAUGGCAUGGGGAUGAGGGACCAACUCCCUUCUCUUGCGGGGGCCCAAUUAGUGCCAUUGCCUUCCGUUAAGAGUUUGGGUGUAAUCCUUGACGCCUCCCUUUCCACGGAGGCGCAUGUUACAGCAACAGCCAAGGCGACAUUCUUCCAUCUUCGCCGCAUCAAGCACUUGGUCCCUUAGCUUUCCCGCCCCGACCUGGCCACAGUGAUCCAUGCGACGGUCAUCUCCAGGCUUGACUACUGUAAUUCGCUCUACGCGGGGCUGCCCUUGAAGCUGUCCCAGAAACUCCAGCGGGUGCAGAAUGCUGCAGCAAGUCUCCUCACGGGGUCUCUGCCAUGGGAACAUAUUCACCCAGUGCUUUCCCAGCUGCACUGGCUCCCGGUGGAGUACAGGGUCAGAUUUAAGGUGCUGCUUUUGACCUUUAAAACCCUUCACGGCCUAGGACCCUCGUACCUACGGGACCGCCUCUCCCGGUAUGCCCCAUGGAGGACCUCAAGGUCCAUAAAUAGCAACACCCUAGUGGUUCCAGGCCCUAAGGAAGUUAGAUUGGCUUCAACCAGAGCCAGGGCCUUUUCAACUCUGGCUCCGGCCUGGUGGAACGCUCUGUCUCAUGAGACCAGGGCCCUGCAGGAUCUGAUUUCUUUCCGCAGGGCCUGUAAGACAGAGUUGUUCUGCCUGGCCUUUGGCUUGGAGCCAAUUUGAUUCCCUCCUCCCUCUCUUUCUUUUUCUUUUCCUUCUCCUCCUGCGAUGAGGCUACAUUUUAAUAUUUUAACGUUCCAUUAUUUUAAUGUAUUUUAUUUUUGUUUUUAAGUUGUAAUCAUUCAUCUUGUUUUUAUUAUUGCUUGUAAGCCGCUCUGAGCCCGGCCUUGGCUAGGGAGAGCGGGGUAUAAAUAAAAAAUUAUUAUUAUUAUUAUUAAAGCAAGUCUGGCAUAUGGAGAUUUCUAAAUCUGACAUAUCUGGGACCUGAACUGAACUGGCAACCCUUAUCACAGAAUACUAUCAAGCUAUUGAUAAUGAGAGGAUACUGAAUGAAAAGGAGGUGUUACAUAGGAGCAAAGCUUUGGCAUAAUUUCUUAUUUAGUUUCCUUUAUAUGUAUUUCAUAACCUAGAGUGGAUCACAAAGUGUCCACAGGAGAAUACAGAAUUUAAAUCAGUAGGGCUUGGUCAAAAUUGGGUGGCGGGGGGUGGACAGACAGUUCAAGCAAUGUUUAACUUGACAAACAAGCACAACACUCCUGCUUUUGUUUCUUGAAGCAUCCUUCUGUUUCCCUUUCUCACUCCCUUUUGCUGAAGAGCUAUAGCAGGCUUUUGACCUCUGCACAUGAGAUUCUCAGGUCAGGGUUCCUUACUCCACUGCCCAGGCUAGACAUGGAAAGAUUUCCCAGACCAUUGUCCCAUUUUAUACCAUGGGGUGGUUUUUAAAAAGAAAGGAAAAGUAUCCCACCUCUAAUGCUCUCAAAUGCUCACUCUUGUCAUAGAGCAGCUAGUCCAGGUUUUAAAAAAACCACAGCCAAAACCACACCCAUUGUGUCACUGCUGAAUUAUUUGCCUCAUUGAUAAUUAUCUGAGAUAAUAGAUGCGCCUUUAGAAGUAAUAUUGAUUUAUCCCAGCACACACCUUCCAGAUGGUGGUGCCACGACUCCACAGUGAACAUUGCCUUCAAAUUAUAAAAUUGGUGCAAUUAUCUUGCAAAUAAUUAUUAAUGGGAUGGUUGCUCACCUUCUGUACUUAUCUCGCCACAAUGGUACUGUGAAAUAGCUUCUAAUCUCUUUAUAUACCAGUUUGCUGAGUAAACUCACAAGGGGAGUAGUGCUAAGACGGUAAUCUUCCAGAGCAUUAUGCUAAAAAUAGGCCAGUACUAUGGAGGCUGCACUUUCUCACUUCUUGUUUUGAAAGUCAGUAAUCCUUUUUUGUUACAAGAAAGGAAGCACUGCAGAAAACAUUGUUCUUUGUUUCACAUAAUGAAGCUGUGUGUUUACUGGUCUUGACUGGUUCUUCUAGUUUUCAUAGAAGAUUGAGCCAUAAAUUUAUUUGCUAGACUGCUGCAAAACAACGCAGUGCCACAAAGUCUGCCCAGCUUUCCAUGUAGCCGUGGGAAUAAUAAUAAUAAUAAUAAUAAUAGUAAAUUAUUUCUACCCUGCCCAUCUGCCUGAGUUUCCCCAACCACUCUGGGCGGCUCCCAGUCGAGUGUUAAAAACACAAUACAGCAUUAAAUAUUAAAAACUUCCCUGAACAGGGCUGCCUUCAGAUGUCUUUUAAAAAUAGGAUAGCUGCUUAUUUCCUUGACAUCUGAUGGGAGGGCGUUCCACAGGGUGGGGGCCACUACCAAGAAGGCCCUCUGUCUGGUUCCCUGUAACCUCACUUCUCGCAAUGAGGGAACCACCAGAAGGCCCUUGGCGCUGGGAAGAGCCAUCUGAAGACCAAUGCAGUUUGUCCUGCAGGUAUGGGGCGGGGAGUAUUGCUAGUCAACCCGGGAAAGAUGCAGAUGGCACAGAUUGAGCAAAAACACUUGCAGAAACUGAUUCCCAUUUCCAGAACAAGCUUAAACGUAUCAUUUUCUAAAUGUGCUAUUAAAAUUAAGAUAUUAGUAUGUUUCUGAACAUGGCAAAGUACUUUUCCUAUUAUAACACAAAAGUAAGCCUUUAUUGCCAUAUACUGUAAAAGCAAGCUGCUGUCAUAUAUUGGAAAGCUAGGUUGUUUAUCUUUUGCAGUGGCAAAGAGUCUCAACAGAUAUGGCAUGCAAAGGAGUCCUAAUUGUUAUCUGCUUUUGCUGUUCCCAGUGACGCAAUCUCACCAGUGGUAUUCUUGGGGUCCCCCGAACAUGCAGUGUCGUCUGUGUGCAUCUUGCUGGACCUACUGGAAGAAAUACGGAGGCUUGAAAAUGCCAACACGGCUAGAUGGAGAACGGCCGGGGCCAAAUCGAAACAAUUUGGUAGGCACAUUCACUAUAUUCAGUUAGUAAAUCAAUCCGCAGUUCAGCACUGUGGUUCCUUAGGCCAAAAACAAAAAGAUGAGGCAAGGUUCUUCCUCACAAAUUUUCCUUUUCCCAGAGUCCUCACAGUGGACCCUUAAGGAACAAUGGGAGCCCCAAGUUUGCCAUGAAAACGCGACAAGCUUUCUAUCUCCAUACCACAAAGCUGACCAGACUCGCCAGACGAUUAUGCAGGGACAUCUUGCGUCCGUGGCACGCGGCACGGCACCCUCAUAUGCCUAUCAACAGUGGAGCAAUCAAAGCCGAAUGUGAGUCUUUCUCGUCCUAAUUGCAUGAUGUCUGCUUACAUGCCUGACAAGAGCUUAUGCUAUCAGAAUUGUAGUAGUAGUUGAGUUGAGUUCAGUUCAGUUCAGUUCAGCUGAGGGAAAUGGGAUCUAAAGAAAUUAGGCAAACUCUGACUCUCUUGACCCCUCUAUGGUUGAGAGCUACUGGGGUAGCAGAAGGAAGAAAAAUGGGGGAGAGAGUAAAAUAGCUUGUCAAGCCAUUACAGUGGUACCUCGGGUUACAUACGCUUCAGGUAACAUAUGCUUCAGGUUACAGACUCCGCUAACCCACAAAUAGUACCUCAGGUUAAGAACUUUGCUUCAGGGUGAGAACAGAAAUCGUGCUCCGGCAGCGCAGUGUCAGCGGGAGGCCCCAUUAGCUAAAGUGGUGCUUCAGGUUAAGAACAGUUUCAGGUUAAGAACGGACCUCUGGAACGAAUUAAGUACUUAACCCGAGGUACCACUGUAUAAUGCUAUAACAUGCUCACAAUUGGCGCUGCCAGCCCUGUAGCACAGUAGUGGAAGAUCUGGGGGUGGGUGGAGAAAACUCCUCAGUUUGUCCUCACCAAGCCUGUAAAAGUACACUCCAAGCUGGGCAAGAGUACCGUAUUUUUUGCUCUAUAAGACUCACUUUUUCCCUUCUAAAAAGUAAGGGGAAAUGUGUGUGCGUCUUAUGGAGCGAAUGCUGGCUGCGCAGCUAUCCCAGAAGCCAGAACAGCAAGAGGGAUUGCUGCUUCCACUGCACAGCGAUCCCUCUUGCUGUUCUGGCUUCUGAGAUUCAGAUUUUUUUUUUCUUGUUUUCCUCCUCCAAAAACUAGGUGCGUCUUGUGGUCUGGUGCGUCUUAUAGAGCGAAAAAUACGGUACUUUUAUUAAGGGCUGGGAAUAAUACUCCCAACAUUGUGAUUCAGGCCUAAUUUGUAUUAAAUGUUCCUUUUUGUGCAUUCCUUUUGUAGAUUUCCUUUACGUUGAAAUGCUUCAGAAAACACUGGCUUUGGUGUCAAGAAGGCUGUUUGUUAGGGUUUUUUUUAGCAUGUAAAUGAAGUCCUAUUUGUUCCAAUAUUGUCCUCAGGUUCAUCUCGUUUACCAGAAGCUUCAGAAGAUUUGUUGCUAUUAAAACAUGUUGUCAGAAAACCUUUAGAAGCAGUACUUCGGUAUCUAGGUAUGACCCAUAUACAUGCAUUUUGGUGACUUCGAGUAUAAUAUUAUUCACUAGCAAAAAGUGUCAUAUUUGACAGGCAGAAGAGGAUUAACCCAGUGUCCCUUCCCAUGCUACUAACUCUGUUUCACCAGCUAAUUCUGCCCACGCCACAACAUCAGCCCUAACUUUAAUUUUCUCCAUAGGAAUAAACGACGUUUCGCUUGUACUGUAUGGGAGAAAGUCAUGGGAUGCCCAUAAUAUACAGAUUGCACCUUACCACUAUUGAUCCCAGUCACUAAGCCAGCAGCCCUUGUUUGAAUGUUCUCUGGGUUGAUGCUUUUUCUUGCUCAUGAUAGAUGGAACAGAAUGUCAGGAUAUAAAUAUCAUACAAACAGAAGGAUAUAAGUGACAAUGAGAGAGAGAGAGAGAACCACACGCAAAGAAACAUAGAUCUUGGAAGGACACCCUUGUUUUCAAAAGCUUUAUUUCUCUCCUUAAUAUCUGCACAUGAGGAUGUCUCUUUCUUGGCCUAAGUGUCUAUGCGCUGCUUCUAAGGCAACUGUAGGGUCUGAUUCCUGAUUCAGCCUCUCUCACCUGCAUACAUAUUUUGUUCUUUUUUAAAAUGUGGCACCCCUCUUCUUCCUGCUUUAUUCAUGACUGGGUCAGAGUUGGGUUUAAACAAAGGAGUCUUCCACUGUCCUUUGUAAUAUGCUCCUAAUACGCUGUUCUCACCAUACAGAAUCUCACCCCUGCUCUCUGAAACCUGAUCCUGCUAAGAGUUUGUCUGGCUCCCUCAACAGUGUGCCUUGUGCUAAGUUUACGCCAGUGAUUAACAAUGGAUCUCCAACGAUCUUGGGGAAAAGAAACUACGAACAACAAAAUGGGAUGGAUGGUAAGUAUUUUCUGGUGCUAACGUGUUGCCAUUGUUUGCAGGUUAAUUUUUAAGUCUGCAGGACUGAUUGUCUUGGUGGCUUUUCAUUUUCAGUGUUGCUAAUACUGCUUUUGUCAGAACUGUUUAAUACUUACUUUCUGUUUGAAAAACGUGUUCUUCUCAGUUGCUAUUGCCAGAUGGUGCUUCAGAGCUUUCCUCUUUUUGAAUAUAUAGAAAUAGCUAUAGGGCAACUCCUGUGUUUUAUCCACCCUUAAAUAUCAUGGCUUCUGAUCUUUAAAAUCUAGCCUAGGAUUGUUUAAUUCAUCAGAGAAGAAACAAAGUAGUGUAGAGAAAGCGAGCACCCAGCACACUUAGACUUCAAUGUGCUGAUAGUAGUUGAGAAUCCUUUUCCCUGCUGGAAAAAAAUGUGUUGCUUUUAACUAUAUACAAUUUGCCUUAACCAAAAUAUGAAGGUGGGAAGAAACUUAUGUCUAGAACAAUGUCCCACAAAACAUGGGGUACUGACUCCUUUACACAAACAUAAAUUUGCCUCCCCUUAUUUGCUGGUGGCUGCUUUUAGCAUGAUCUGCUUGCAGGUGUUACAGAGCAGUUGCAUGAGAAUGCUCUUGCCAAACAGGCUUGAGUGGCCAGGAUUGCUUGGCCAGACCCCCAAAGGGAGCCACACAUACUUCGGUAUGUAAUAUGCAGCACAAUUUUAGUGGGUUUGACUAGUGUUGAACAUUGCGAAUGCUUUAAAGUAAUCUGCAGUAGUUCUAAGAGAAAUACUGUAGUGGACUCUGCCCUGACGUGCAGCAGUGGGGGAGAUGCCACGGAAAGCAAUUUUAAUGUGUAAGUUUGUUACAUUGAUUGAUUGAUGAAUCACUUGAUAAAAUUGAUUGCUAAAACAUCCCAAAACUAUUUAGCAACCGAAACCUAUAUUAAACCAAGUCCAAGUCCAAUACAGACUCGGAUAAAAGCUCUGCUAAAAAGCUUUGUUGGAAAAGUAAGCCAUCCAAUUUAAGGUGCUAAAACAAUUAAGCCAGUUGUUAUGCAUAGCGAAGCAAAAUUCAGCUGAAUUCUUUUCAUGGAAUUAUAGAGUUGGAAGGGACCCCCCCCCCGAGGGUCAUCUAGUCCAACGCUCUGCAAGGCAGGAAUCUCAACUGAAGCAUCCCUGACAGAUGGGGUGAGCUCUCGUUGCUCGGUCCCAGCUCCUGCCCACCUAGCAGUUUGAAAGCACGUCAGAGUGCAAGGAGAUAAAUAGGUACCGCAGUGGCAGGAAGGUAAACGAUGUUUCCGUGUGCUGCUCUGGUUUUGCCAGAAGCGGUUGAGAACUGUCUGCGGACAAACAUCUGCUCCCUCGGCCAGUAAAGUGAUGAGCGCCGCAAAUCCAGAGUCGUUCGGGACUGGACUUAACUGUCAGGGGUCCUUUACCUUUACCUUUAAGAAUAUGGAAGUUGUUGAACGUUUUCCCCCCCAACCAUACAACCAUAGCUUCUGCUAUCCUAGAUGUGCUAUCCUGUUAAAUUUUUUGACAAAGCAAGCAAACACCUGCACAGAUAACAUGUCAUUUGUUUAAGUUAAGCUUGUGAAAUAAUGCAAAUCUGAUUGUUGAUCUUUAUGUUCACUGUGUUCUACCAGGCCCCAUGAAGAAGCGCCUUUUGAUGCCAAGCAAGGGUAAGAUUACGGAGUUGUUCUCGGCUUGUGCUUGGACAGUGUAACCUUUUCUCGAUUCAUCCGCUGACUUUUCAAGUUUGCUUCUUUGUGCUUGUGACCACCCAUUUCGUAUUGUGUGUACAUGUUGUUUUUGUGAUUUCUAAAUACAUCGCCUCCCUUCAUAGUUUCCCAUGCGGUAUUAACGCACCAUUAUCAGUUUAACUGCAGCUGAUAAAAAUAUCCCGAUUUAGCAACCCUUCUGACGUAUGUUUGAGUUUUGGAAGGUCUCUAGAGGAAGGGUUUUUCAUGAUUAGAGAGCAGCCACCCAAACCUUCGCUGUACACAACCUUUUGCACAGAGGUGGGGAACUGUUUUUUUUGACUGAGGGCCACAUUGCCCCAGUUGAAAGCUGUUGGGGGCCUGACCUGGAUCCAAAGUGGACAGGGCCAGACACGGGCAUUAUUGCAUGCUGUUAACACACAACCAAAUAUGUACACGCACAUAGAGUCUUAACAUAUGCACAGACAUGCACAGUUAAUACAGGGCUGCAUCUUCUUCCUUGCUCCUACUACAGAUUUUUUUAAAACCCUCCUACUGAAGCCAAGAGGAGUCCCCCUCCCCAAUCCUAAAUAUGGAGCAGUGGGGUCCAAAUGUAAAGCCUAAAUGUGGAGCAGGGUGGAGAGGGCGGUUGCAGAUGCAGAGAUAAAGUUUAGCCCUUCCUUACCCAGCUACAACUUUCCCAGUGCCACCUUGCACUUAAGCUUCAGUGGUAGGUUUUUAAAAGCCUGACUGUGGUGCCAAGAUAAGGAGGCUUUGGGCUGUAUCUGGCACACAAGACUGGUCGUUCAUCACUCCUGCUGUAGUUUCUUGGGAGAUGUGGUAGCUUCAGGCAGCAGUGAUAUUUUCUGAGGUGUGCAAGACCAAAAUUAUUUAAGACUUUAUAGGUGAAGAGCAGCAACUUGAAUUUUGUCCAGAAGAAAACCUGUAUAGGUGGAAUUCUGCCUUGGGUGACUGUUCUGACCAAAAGGGUGAGAUGUACAUUUCAAAAUAAAGAGUCUUGCAAGAGGAUAGCCACGCUUGUCUGUUGCAGGACGGUUUGGCAAACCUAUUAUAGCACAAGCUGCCAUGGAUUCCAGUGUACUUUGCCUGAUGCAUGAAGAUUCAUCCUCAGCUGGCAGGAAUAUGUGCAUAUAGGUGUAGAAAAAAUGUACAAAAAGUAUAGUAAGCAUUAAUUAAGCUUCCAUUCUUAACAGCUUUAAUCAGCAACUAAGCUGUCAUUCCUUGGUGACUCCUCUUGGUAUGACAUCUCAGAAGAAGUCUUCAGGUCUAUCUGUCAAGAGUGUGUUGUGGUAGUAAAGCCUCAAGAACAAGCAGUACGAAGCGUAAUUGUUUUUGCCAAUAGGCAGCGUAUGGCAUAAUUGCAACCCGAUGAUGCAGUAGCCCCAUAAGGCCGAGAAAUGCAUUGACUAGGAAAGAGAUUGCUUCUCACUUUAGGUUGGAAUAGAAUACACUCAUCAUGAUUACCUUAUUUGGGCCUAGAUUCUGUUUCACUGACUAAAUGAGAUGAACAAGGUCUCAUAGAAUCAUAGAAUUAGAGAGCUGGAAGGGACCCCAGGGGUCAUCUCGUCCAACCCACUGUAAUGCAGAAAUCUCCGCUAAAGCAUCCAACCUCUGCUUGAAAACCUCCAAGGAAGGAGAGCCCACCACCUUCUGAGGGAAGUCCGUUCCACUGUUGAACAGCUCUGACCAUCAGAAAAUUCUUCCUGGUGUUUAGUCGGAAUCUCCUUUCUUGUAACCUGAAUCCACUGGUUCAGGUCCUCCAGAGCAGGAGAAAACAAGCUUGUUCUUUAUUCUAUGUGACAGCCCUUGAGAUAUUUGAAGAUGACUGUCCCAUCUCCUCUCAAUCUCCUCUUAUCUUGAAUUGCAUAAACUCAUUUUUUAAACUUUAGCCACCUUUUGUGCGGGAGGGAUAUGCAACUCAACAUAAAUUUUAAAAGAAUUAAUUAGAAAUUUAUGCGCACACACAGUAUCACAAAAUAUCAAUCGCAUAGAGGAAUAGCGCUAAAAUAAUAAAACAGAAAGAGCAAUCAAUUAAAUUCUUUGAGCAGGUGUCUCUUUAACAUCUGAAGGCCUUGAUACAAGUUCCACGAUCAAAGAAGAUACCGUGGGCAUCUACUAGGAGCAGAGAAGUUAGUCAAGCUUUAUUCUUUACAGUAAUAGAUCCAUGCUUGGUGGACUUUGGGAGGUCAUUUUGCAUUGUGGGGGCCUUACAAAAAAAGGAGCCUGCUCCUAGUAGCUACUCACCAUCGAUUCCUCAGCCGUGGAUGGACCUACGGGGGAGAAUAUUUGAAUGAGAGAUCCUUAAGAUACCCAGAUGCCAAGUUUAGGGCUUUAAAUUUUAAAACCAGAACUCACCAUCAAAUUUUGUGGUCUAAUGCCUUCUGCAUAUGCUAGGCAUGAAAUGAGGUUACCUCCAGAAAAAAUGGAGUUUUGUAUACUUAAGCGUUGCCACCAGUAUGGGAAAAACAAAAAGACCCAAAAUGGCCUGACAUAAGAUCCGUGUUUCUAUAACCAAUGGAACAUUGAGGGCAGCUGAGUAUAUUCGUUCAUUUAUUUAUUUCAUUUAUUUCAUUAGUUUCUAUACUGCUCAUCAUCUGAGGAUCACAGGGCGGUUUACAGUAUCAGUUGUGGGAAGCCCAGUAACUGAGUUACUGGCAAAACUAAGCCCUUUUUAGUCCAACUGAUUAUAUCAGAAAUUGGGGGUUGUCCAGUAGCAUAAUUUAGGACUAGCCUGUAAGGGAGUGCAAGGGAGCACCAGCUGAAAAUGCACACUCCCUCCUUGGCAGCAGAGCAUAAAGGAAAACAGGAAGCAGCGGAAAAAAAGUUUAAAGUUGAUGGAAGUUUAGCAGCUGGAAGAGGAGGCGAGGGCAGUACAAGAUGUUCUGGAACAUAACUGGGGCCAUCCCAUCCCAUCUGGGCAGCAGGAUCUACACAGACGGCACAUCUGCCCCCCCAAGGGAACGCAUUGCCUUUCACCACUGCUGUGGCAGAGGCAGCUGUGAUGCUCUUCUUGAAGGCUGGAUCUGUGGCCUCUGCUGCUGCCAUGCACAGCGCACCAGCACUGCAGUGGCCAUCCUGUGUCCCGUGCCUGAGCUGUGGUGAGAUAAUUGGGAGAAGGGGCAAGAUGGCACAGACUCACUGAGGCUCCAGCCGAUACUGGAGCUUAAGCAAGGUGGAAGGUACUGUUACAAGGGAGGAGGAGGCUGCAGCUGAGCGGGGCCAGGAUCUAUCACGGCUGAGCCUCUUUCCCUUCCCCUCCCAACCAGAAGUGCUGCUUCAGUUCCGAAGACAGAUUUUACUUCCACAUUCAAGACAAAGGCUGCCUCUUGAAGAGACUUAGAUACGUUCAGCCCCGGGGAAGAAAUUUGAGCUGCACAUGCACUGGCAGGUUUGGGGUAGGGAGAAGAGUCUCAGGUGAAAAGCAAAGUUCCCCGGGAGAUUCAUAAGGGGCGAGGCAGUUCUAAGAUAGUCUGGUUCCAGGCAGUUUAGGUUUUGAUCAGCAUUCUGGCUUCGCCUGCAUUCAACCGUUUGAGCAAUGGGCAUUGUCUUUUGCACAUGCUUGGGUCUCAUACAUUGUACCUCUCUCUCCUGGGGCCACCAGAAGUCCCUGAAUUGUUGUUGUUGAUGGAUUGUUCUGUACACUGUGAAAUGCCGCUCCAUUUUUGGUUCAAUCCAUCAGCACACCAAGAGAUGUCAAAAUCUGCCCAAGGAACUCUGUUCAGUCCACGUUGCUUGAUCUAGCCACUAGAGGACAACUUGCUUAACAUGGAGCUGUAGCGUGUGUGGGUUUAUCAGAAUGUUGCCCAGGUUGUAAAUCGUGAACUGCUGGAACACUUAAGAGGAGUUAAGGAGGCCUAGCAGCCUGAGCGUGUAUUUGAAGUGGCCGUAGCAGGUUUGGAAGGCCAUUUUUCAUUCAUCGUCAUGCUCCUGUGAUCUAAAUCAGUGUAUAUGGCGGCAGGAUGUAACUGGUCAAACAACCGUUGGGUGAGAGGCAGCCUGUGGUCUUCUUUAGUGCCUGAUGCAGAGAUGUAAUUCUCCGGAUCUGCUCUUGCUGCUGGAGAUAUCCUUGUGUGAGAUGCUAAGGAUCUGAUGAACCAUCCAGAAUGGGGCUGUAUCACCAGCCAAACAUCCCAAUAUAGUGAUACAUUGGGAGGUUAAAAGUGGAGGAACAAGCUGCAUUGGCUCCGGCGCCUUGUUAAUUCUCCUUGACCUCUCAGUUGGCUUUUGAUACCAUCAGCCAUUGUUUCCUUCUGGAGCGGCUGUCUGAAUUGGGGGUAGUGGUUUCCAGUGGUUCUGGUCCUAUUUGGAUGGUCGUUCCCAGAGGGUGAUGCUUGGGGAGUGCUCUUCAGCCCCGUGGAGCCUUCAAGGUGGAGGUCCUCAGGGCUCAAUUUUAUCCCCCAUGCUGUUUAACAUCUACAUGAAACUGCUGAGAGGGGCUAUCUGGAGUUUUGGAGUUUGGUAUGGCAGUGGAGUUUUCUUGCCUCAGUAAUGGACUGGAUGAGAGACAAUGAAACUCAAUCCAGAUAACACAAAGGCACUGCGGGUGGUUCCCUAGACCAGAUGGCUGGGAGAUUGCCUGCUCUUGAUGGGGUUUCCCUCUGAAGGAGCAGGUAUGUGGCUUGGGGGUCCUCAGUGGUGUUGCAUGCCUUCUAUCAGCUUUGGCUGGUAGCCCUGCUGGACCCCUAUCUAGACAGGGACAGCCUAAGUUCUGUUGUCUAUGCUCUGAUACUGUAACCUCUAGGUUGGAUUACUGUAAGGUGUGACACAUAGGGCUGCCUCUGAAGACGGUUCAGAAACUUCAGCUGGUGUAGAACUUGGCAGCCAGGUUGCUCACCAGGGCAAGACGGUUUCAGCAUAUACCGUAUUUUUCGUCCUAUAGGGCGCACCAGCCCAUAGGACGCACCUCGUUUUUUGGGGGGGGAAAUGAAUAAAAACAAUUUAUUUCCCCCCCCUGCCACGGCUGCCGCCCCAAGCCUUGCGCACUCCUGCCCGAAGCAUGGGGCACCCUCCAGAGGGCUCCCCGUGCUUCGGGCAGCAAGCUGCCGCCCCAAGCCUCGCGCGCCCGGCAGGACCUCCUGCCGGGCGCGCAAGGCUUGCGGACACUCGCUGGGGCUACAGGCAGCUGCCCGCAAGCCUUGUGAGCCCGCAGGAACUCCCGCCGGGCUUGCAAGGCUUGCGGAUAGCUUCCUGAAGCCUGGAGAGCGAGAGGGGUCGGUGCGCACCGAUGCCUCUCGCUCUCCAGGCUUCAGCAAAAGCCUGCAUUCGCCCCAUAGGACGCACACACAUUUCCCCUUCAUUUUUGGAGGGGAAAAAGUGCGUCCUAUGGGGCAAAAAAUACGGUAACCCCAAUCCUAGCCCGACUGCACUGGCUACCAAUUAGUUUCUGGGGUGGCGUUGACCUAUAUAGCCUUAAACAGCUCAGGACCACUAUACCUCAAGGACCGCCGCUCCCCAUAUGAACUGACCCAGACCCUGAGAUCCUCCUCUGAGGCUCUUCUUCGUGUGCCUCCUCCACAUGAGGUCUGGAGGGUGGCAGCACAAGAAUGGGGUCUUUUCUGCAGUGGCUCCUUGUUUGCGGAAAGCUCUCCAGGGAGGUUCAUCUGGCACAUUUGUUAUAUAUCUUUAGGUAGCAGGCAAAACCAUUCCUCUUCAACCAGGCCUUUGGCUGGAUUAAUAAUCUACAGCCUUUAAAAUGUGUUUAUGGGAGGGGGAGUUUUUGUUUUGUUUUAACUAUUUAUGUUGUGCUUUUAUUUUGUGAACCACCCUGAGAUCUUUCGAUGAAGGGCUGUACAGUGGUACCUCAGGUUGCAUACGCUUCAGGUUACAGACUCCGCUAACCCAGAAAUAGUGCUUCAGGUUAAGAACUUUGCUUCAGGAUAAGAACAGAAAUUGGGCUCCAGCGGCGCGGCAGCAGCAGGAGGCCCCAUUAGCUAAAGUGGUGCUUCAGGUUAAGAACAGUUUCAGGUUUCAGGUUAAGAACAGACCUUAAAUACUUAACCUGAGAUACCACUGUAUAUAAAUCUAAUAAACAAAUGCAUACAUACUUAUAUACAUACAUAACUGUAUCUGUGGAGAACUGCUACUUCAUAAGCCCCCAGAGGCAUCUCACAAGUCACUGUUAGAAAAGGGAUGGUAGACUAAAUAGAUCUGAUUCAGAGGGGGGAACGGGUGUAUAUUUGAAUCAGUUGGUAGGUUGCUAUGUGACUUGCCGUAAAUUGGCAAGGAUCCCAAUUCUUUGACAAUAGCAAAAACAGAAAGGCUUCCAGUGAAACCAGGAAUGGAUUGUUGUGUGAAAAGAAUGUGAACUCAGUUCUGGUACUAAACACCUUUCCUUAUGUCCAAGACACAGACUGAAACACAGUAAAGAUUUCUGCUCCACUCCCCAAACUUUUUUUUUUUAGAAGUAGGAUAAUUCUUCACUGAUAAACCACAUAUAAAACUGAUUUUAUGUCCAAGCAAGAGAGAGAAAACUAUUUUUAAGAGGGCAGGAGUUGGAUUAUUAAUUCAGAUCCCUCAUUUAACGAUGCCUCAGAGAGGAUGGCUCAAUGCCUGCCUCCUUUUGAGGCUGCCUUGCAAACAGCAGGAUUUUCCCAAUGUUUCCCAGAGGAAAAUGUGAGUCUCUGUUAAGCUGAGCUGAGCCAAACCUCAGCGUUUCAGAUAACUAAUGGUAGGCAGGCUGGUUGGUUGGUUGGUUGGCCGGCUGGCAGGUAAGGAAGCCAAUAAGUGUUUUCCUAUAACAACUGCACACUAUCUCCUGCUGCUUUCAUUGCCAUUAAUAACGAUGGACAGUAUAUUUAAAUAUUUUUGCAAUUAUUUUUAGAUCACUUAAGGAGCUAAUCUCAUAUAUUUACCAAAGAAAGCAAAUGUGAAAGCGUUUCCUGUUUUGGAAAGUGAGUCAUUUUCAAACAUUAGCCAUGCUGUUUUUUAUUUUUGUGCUUUCUUUCUUUUGAUUUCUUCUCUUUGGAAAAGCAAUGGUAUCUUACGAGUUCUAUUCUCUUUCCUGUUUGUUAGGUCUGCCCAACCACGGACAAACCAGACAAAUGGUAAGAGAAUGUUCAUCUAAAAAAAGAUACAGUAAACCACCAUCCCAAGCAGAAAGCUCUAAGGCAGGCGUAGCCAAUGUUGUGCCCUCCAGUUGUUGUUGGACUACAACUCCCAUCAGCCCUAGCCAUCAUGGUUCAUGGUCAGGGAUGAUAGGAGUUGUAGUGCAACCUCUUGAGGGUAUCUCACUGGCUACCUCUGCUCUUAAGGUGCACAUCUGCCACUGCUUUUCUUAGCUCUUACUGCAUUCUUUUUUUAAUUAAAAAAAAUGGCUCUGUAUAUUAAAACAAGGAAGGAACCAAAUAAACAAGGAAGGGACCAAAUAAAAUGAUACACUAAAAUGGAUAAACACCUUUUAUUAGAUGAGAUCUUUUUACCUAGAAAACAUUUAUGAAAGUGAUCGAUGUCAGUGCCUGGGCAAAGUAUUCAGCCCACAUAUUUUUUGUAAGUUUUGCAGGGGGGGUGCCCCUCCCCCAAGAUUGUAUUAAUUUUUAUAGAGUGGGUGGUUCUAAUUUUGCGGGAGAGGGGGGGAAUCUUAUCUUUCAAAUCAAGGUGACCAAGGCUUUUCUUCCUUCCACUAACAAUGAAAAGCCUUGCCACCACUUCAAGCAGUGGCAGCCAAGUGUCAUUCUAAGUCAGAAUUCCCAGGAAAUUAUGUUAUGACGUAGAGCUUGCUCACCCAUAACACUAAGACAAACCAUAAAGGUAAAGGGUAAAGGGACCCCUGACCGUUAGGUCCAGUCGUGUCCGACUCUGGGGUUGCGGCGCUCAUCUUGCUUUAUUGGCCAUGGGAGCCGGCGUACAGCUUCCGGGUCAUGUGGCCAGCAUGACUAAGCCGCUUCUGGCGAACCAGAGCAGUGCACAGAAAUGCCGUUUACCUUCCCACUGGAGUGGUACCUAUUUAUCUACUUGCACUUUGACGUGCUUUCAAACUGCUAGGCUGGCAGGAGCUGGGACUGAGCAACGGGAGCUCACCCCGUUGCGGGGAUUUGAACCGCCAACCUUCUGAUCGGCAAGUCCUGGGCUCUGUGGUUUAACCCACAGUGCCACCCACAUCCCAAGGCGAACCAUGGAUUAACACAAAUGCACGGGUUCACGGCCUCUUUAUUCAUUCUCUGGUCCUUGCCACUGCUGCAUUGCUGUGGACUAAGCUGUGGUUUGACUUAGUGUGUCAUCUGAACUCCGAACCAGAAAUACUAGAUGUUUGUUAAAAAGGAGAAAAAUACCUAGUAUGGAUUUGGGUUAUUUAAUAAAAAACUAGAAAGAGGAGAUUUGCCUAAAUCCUGGAAACCAGACAGAGUAGUUGUGCUGCUCCAACUGAGAAAGGAUUUAGUCUCAGAAAGACCCAUAAGCUUAAUUAACCAGGAAAUCAGCAGUAUUGAUAGCUAGGCUUAAGUCCAUAGCUCAUUAUUUAUCAGAAGAGGAGGCACUUAGCAGAUUCUGUGAGACAGGUGUUAAAAUUUAUUUUCAGCCAGCAGAUCAUUAUAACAUUUUUUACAAUUAACAGUAACAUCAGUAAAAAGUCACAUUAAUACAACUGAAUUACACAGAAUUAUAAUACUGAAAAAUAUAUGUAUCAAGCAACCUUAAUAGAUCAAAUAAGGAUGGUCAUAUUAAAAAAAACCUUGCCACUUGUCUCAUGACUGACACAUUGGAGCCCUGAAGGAAAGUGACCAUAAGAGAGUCAAAGCAGAUGCAAGGGUUGGGCUGUAUAAUAGGAUAUAUUAGGACUCUCCUAGCCACUUGAUAAAAACUACAGAAAGAAAGGGCAUCAAUGCUACCUCAGCAUUGUUACAAGGGCAGCAUCUAUUGUUCAUUGGAGUUUUAUUGUAUCUGCCAUCUAAUAAAUUAGAAGGGAGGGCAUUCAGCCUUGGCACAGAGAAAACUUUCCUAUAAUUCAGGGCAUUUCAUCUUUGCAGGGGAAGUAUGGUAACCCCAAUGACUGAGGGGAGCAGGGUCUCUAUGUAGUAGUUUUGUAGCCUUAUUGGGGUCCACCGAUUGGGUCUGCGUUGCUCCCGGACAGGAGGAAGGAAGUCAAAUGACACCGAGGGUUGGUUCAGAGAAAGAGUUCUUUAUUUCUGCUCUCCGGAACAGCAGAAAGGCACUUGCGUGGUCAGUCCACAGCAAGUCCAAAGAAAUGAGAAAUUUCAUGCAGUAUAUAUAUCCUCCAGGCACCCUCUCCCUCCUUCCCCAGGAAUCCAACCACGUCAGCCUAUACACGCAGGUUGACAUCACAUAUGUUCCUGCUCCGGUAUUCUUAACCAUAAAAGGGUAUUCCUUCCUGUACUUCUGACCAUAAAAGGGUAUUCCUGUUCCUACUCUUAUCUUGGAGCAAGAGGUCACCAACUCCAAGAACACACUCUGGCGCUGUUCCCAGACUAGGUCUGUGUGUCAGAGUGUGGUAAGAUAAGACCCAGACAUGUCAUCCCUACUCCACUGGAACAGCCAAGGUCAUCCUUGCCGUCACAAACUGAUAAAGGAGAGGGCUCUGAGCACUUGUUUAUACAGCCGGGUUUUUGUUUAUACAUUGACUCAGAGCUCAAGUUAAUGGAUUUUAGCUAAGGAAAAAUAGGGAUUUUGGUGCCCGUUUCAAACUGCCUGCACAGUCAGUUUUUGGGUUUGGGAAACCCAUUCCUUCAGUUUUUAGUUUUUUCAUAGAACUGUGGAGUUGGAAGAGACCACUAGGGUCAUCUGGUCCAACCCUUGGAAGCUCCUGAAAACCUACAUCCAAAAUCCUCUGUUUAACCACUGAUUUGGCACCCUUUAGGUCAGGGGUCAGCAAACUUUUUUUGUGGGGGCCGUACUAUAUUUUUUGGGGGGAGAUGAACGAAUUCCUAUGCCCCCACAAAUAACCCAGAGAUGUAUUUUAAAUAAAAGGACACAUUCUACUCAUGUAAAAACAUGCUGAAUCCCGGACCAUCCACGGGCCAGAUUUAGAAGGUGAUUGGGCCACAUCCAGCCCACGGGCCUUAGUUUGCCUACCCAUGCUUUAGGUUCAUGGUCAACAGGUAAGAUGGUUAUAGAUCUGUUGAGGUGAAGGUGUUAAACAUCAUUCUCAUACGAGGCCAGUAUCGGUAUUCUCACUGAAUGCCUAUAAAGACUUUGGCAAGGUCUUCUUACCUAAACCACUGACUGAGAUAAAUUUUGGAGCCAAAUUUAUGAUUUUGGUGAACCAGGUGUCUUCAACAUAAGAUGGAGUUUGUGUCUAUGGCUUGGGUUUCCAACCACUAAGUCUCACUAGAGGCAGCAGGAAAAUGUCUCCCUUGUCACCAGCUUUGUUAUUGACUAUGGUGGUGGAGGUUUUAGGAGAAGCAAUUUACAGAUCAAAGGAAAAGCUCACAGCAUCAGUAUCUUUGCAGAGCUUGCCCUGAGCAAUCUGAAAGAAGAAAUUAAGGAACCUGAAAAUCCUCUAUCGGGAUUUUAGCCUCAUAGCAGGUCUAGAUGCAGACGAAGAUAAAUCAAAUCUCCUCUGUUUCAGCACCCCACGAGCUGAAGUUGGUGAACUUUGGAAACAUUCAGGGCUACAAAUACAACAGCAUUCUCAAGUUUUAGGGAAUAAAUCUCUUUGUGGGUUUCAAACAGCUGAAAAAAGGAAAGAAAAUAUUGAUCCAAUAAUGGAAUAAAAUAACUCUUUCAUAAUAGAGGAAGAUUAGUACCACCAAAAUUACAUUACAGUGGUACCUCAAGUUACAAACACCUCAGGUUACAACGCUUCAGGUUACAAACUCCGCUAACCUGAAAGAGUUACCUUGAGUUGAGAACUUUGCCCCAGGAUGAGAACGGAAAUCGUGUGCCGGCGGCGCAGCGGCAGCAGCAAGAGGCCCCAUUAGCAAAAGUGUGCCUCUAGUUAAGAACAGUUUCAGGUUAAGAACGGGCCUCCGGAACGAAUUAAGUUCGUAACUAGAGGUACCACUGUAUUGCCAAAAGUUAUUUUCCUGUUUCAUACAUUACUGAUUGAAAUUUAUUCUGACAGGCCUUUGCUGCUGUUUUAAUUUUUAAUUAACCAGCCACUUUAAUUAGCUGUAUUUUUAUUUUUACAUGAUGUUGUAUGUUUUGAUGUUGAACACCACCCCAAUAUUUUGUGAUUUUGCGUUAUAGACAUGCUUUUAUAAAUAAAUAAAUAAAUAAUGUUCUAGGGUGUGAUUAAAAGUGGAAAGGAAAGCUUAUGGAGUUUAGUAAUUCUAGCAAAAGGUCCAGAAAUUUUGUGUGUGUGUGAGAGAGAGAGAGAGAGAGAUGCAUAUGAGCUGUGUCCACCUAUAAUAGUUUACCUGGGAUUGGGGAAUGAUCUCAUUUGUUAUUAGACAGCAACAAUAUUGUCGGCGGUGUGGGCAGGACUGGGAAAUCACAGCUGACUUCCCACAUCAAGCAUGAGGUUGUCAGGCGCGCUCCCUCUAAUUUUGUGUAAUGCACAUUUGUGGCUGGCACCCACAGCACUUUCUCAAAAUUUGAAGUGUGUCCACAAGUCCCAAAAGGUUGGCAACCCUUGGAGUAUACUACUCAAAUGGUUAUUAAGCCUAAUUUAGAAUCAUAAUUACAUCACAUGAGUCUCCGUGGAGCUCACUUUCCUUCUUUGAAAACUAUCCCUUUUAUGUCUGUUAUGCUCUAUUCUUUCAAGGAUUAAAAAUUCCUUUUUGAAUUCUGGGGAAGGAAGCAAUUGAUAGGGAUUUUACCACUGCUUGUCUCAUCAUUACUUCCUUUUUCAGACUAUCCUCAAUUCAUCCAUGCACAUAAAUCUCAAUAUUUGGGCUAGGCUGCACACAGAAUCAGAGAUCUACAUGUGAGGAACCAAGUCUAGCUUUCCGAAGCUAGACUAAUGGAACUAAUAUGAGAAAGGCAAAUUGGUUUCAAAAAGUAGCAGACUUUACACAAACAGUAUUUGCCACAAGUGGCGCAUGAUGCCCACGGCAUAAGACUUGGAGCAAUAUGCCCAUACAAAUCGCAUCAGCCAGAAAUUGGCGCACCGAGCACCUCUGUGAAAUUGCAUUACAUGAGCGGCAACAUGUCUUUUGUGCUGAAGAGGGUAUAGAAUCGGAGAAUCUUUCUUUCACUUCUGGGCUUGUCCACUUGGUCAAGCUGUCUUCGAGCAAAUAUUACAGCCAGAUCCAAUGUUUGCACUCCUUUUCUGAACUCUGACAAAACAGUUAUUUCAUAAUAAUUUUGUCUUAAUGCUGUUAGCAACUACUUGUAGGGACUCCUUGUCCCCCAUCUUGCAUUUGCGCAGCCUGUUAUUCCUAAGUGCAGAACCUUAAGAUUUGUCCCUGUUGAAAUUUGUGUUGUUAGUUCUGGCCCAGUUCUCCAAUCUGUGUGUUGUUUUUUUUUUGUGAAUUUGCAUUUUAUUUAUUUGUUAACAUUCUUAUAUUACAUCAGUAAAAGUUGCCAUAUUACAUUACAGGACUUACUAUAAUAUAAUUUCCAACAUGUAUACAAAAAUUAUAUACAAAUAUUAUAUACCAAGAAAAUGAAAAAGAAAAAGAAAGAAAGAACAAAGAAAAAACAAAAACAAAUUCCCCCCCCCAAAUCAUAUACAUACCAACACACUAGACUUCCUGUCUAUCCCAUUGUAUAUUCCUUUUUUACAAAUGAAUGUACUCUUAUUAUUGUAUAUUUCUUUACAUUUUAUCUAAUACAUUCCUAUAUCAAUAUGUGUUCUUAGUCUUAUUUCUCAACUCAGUCUCACUCCAGCAUCAAUCAAAUGCUAGCAUAGAUAGCGAACCUUUACUGUAUUUUUGAACAUAUGUUUUAUAUCUAUCCCACUUUCCCAUACAUUUUUGUUUUGAAUUGCCUCUCAGGGUAUUUGUUAACUGCUCCAUUUCAGCAAAUUCUUGUAGCUUGUAAUGCCAGUCCGUUAUUGUCGGGGCUUCUUGUUCCUUCCACCCCUUUGCCACCAAAGUCUGAGCUGCGGCCAUUGCAUAUAAGAACACCUCCCUAAAGGCCUUCGGGAUGUCCCUGCCAACAAUGCUUAACAUCAUCUCGAAUCCUGACUCUUGUCCUCUGUGGCAUUAGUUGCUCCUCAUUUUAAAAGUCUUACUCCUCUCCUACAGGGGGUGCCCCCCAGCUCUUCCGACCAAUAAGAUCUAGAAUCAGUUGGCCAGGUUGAUUCCCUCUCCCAGGUGGGCAUCUUAAAAACCAUUUUUGCAUUAGCCUGGCUUAAAGAAAUGGCGGGGUACAUUAGAGCCUUUCUUCACAGUUGUGACCUUAGAUGUGACACCCCCAACUACGAAAUGUGUCAAUGCUGUAAUUUCAACACCCAACCGUGUUUUCAUUUCCACCAGCUUUUAAAUCUUCUGUAUGUUGCUUAUAUGCUGAAUGCUGUUUCUUUUAUGUGCUGCCGUCUACUUUUAUACAGUCAGUAGUGCAGAAGUCUCUUAAUCUCUGGAUCAUAGAUUCAAGCCCCAAGUUGGGCAAAAGAUUCCUACAUUGCAGGGGUUGCGACCCUCGUGGUCCCUUCCAACUCUCAAUUCUGUGAUUCUACACCAGGAGGGCACAAUGUCUCUAUGGUGCUACCUAUUCUGUUGCUGCUACUUUUAUACUUUUGCUUUGCUUUGCUUUGCUUUUCUAAACUGUCCUGGGAACAUGAUGAACACAUAUUGAGUACCCUUCAAACUACAUGAGAGAAAACAGUAUUUUUUCUUCUUCUUCCCAUAAAUCUCUGCAUGCAAGGGAGGCAGGAGGUUAUUUUACCACUUCAGCUGUUGGGGAUUAGAAUUGGUUCACCCUUCUAUUGACAGUGCGCGAUGGAAGGCGAGGUAGUGCGCCCUUGAAUCCAAACAAUCUUUCUUGGUGAGCUCACUGGGGUCGGUACUGUUUGAACACCCAGCAGCCUUUCGUUUAUUUUUUCCGUAAGAUUUUAUUCAAGCUUUUUCAUAAUACUGUCAGAUGAAAAAAAUAAUGUGAAUAAAAACAAAAAAACAGAGAAAGGGAAAAGAAGACGCAGUCCUCUCUCAAAGGUAGCUCUUUAAUGCUUGUCACCCACAGAUAGUGGUGGACCCUCCCAACAUCCCCCCCCCUUUAUAUAGGGUCUCUGCUGUGCUCCAGUACAGUCGGGAGAAAUUGGACCCCUCCAACUGCUAAAGCGUUGCCUCCUGUCAGGGAUAUCUCACAUGAUACUGGAUGUUCCCCUGCCUCCCAUCAGAGCAGGAAUUUACAGCAAGAAAAGGUCUCAUUUUCUGUCCAUUUAAGAGAUACAGUGGUACCUCUGGUUGAGAACGGGAUCCGUUCCGGAGGCCCGUUUGCAACAUGAAAAGAGCGUAACCCGCGUGGUUUGCGAUUUGCCACUUCUGCGCAUGCGUGUGACAUCAUUUUGAGCUUCUGUGCAUGCGCGAGCGGCGAAACCCGGAAGUAACCCUUUCCCGUACUUCCGGGUCACUGCGGGACAUAACCUGAAAGAACGUAACAUGAAGCAAACGUAACGAGGUAUGACUGUACUUGUUCCUAAAGUGGUUUCUGCAGGGACCCAUAACGUUUUUGUUGUUCUUUAUGUAUUGCGUUAGGGACCAAGUCGAAACUUGCUACUCAAUGGGAAAUCAUACCAAACAAAAGUCCGGUUAAUCCGUGGUGGAACCAUGUUUCCAGUGAAAAGGAAGAGGAUGAACUGGAUUGACGCUCCUGACGAUGUUUUCUACAUGGCCACCGAGGAAACCAGGUAGCAUGUGCACUUCAGUAAGAGUCCGUUCUGUGAUUCUAUUAAGAGCGAUCAAAUGUAAUUUACAAUUGGUUAAUGACUGAGCUUCUGAAAAGAUGGAGUAAGAUUGAAAUGAAUCAAUUGUUUCUUUAUUGAAAAAAUUAGACCUGGUGAAAUGGCUGUCUUCAACCAAAAGUUGAGUCCUCCUUAGCCUGCUGUGCUGAAUUUACCACUUACAGGUGAAACUCGAAAAAUUAGAAUAUCGUGGAAAAGUUCAUUUAUUUCAGUAAUUCAACUUAAAAGGUGAAACUAAUAUAUGAGAUAGACUCAUGACAUGCAAAGCGAGAUAUGUCAAGCCUUUAUUAUAAUUGUGAUUAUUAUGGCGUACAGCUGAUGAAAACCCCAAAUUAACAAUCUCAGAAAUUUAGAAUAUUGUGAAAAGGUGAAGUAGCUAUUCAAUCCAUAACACCUGCAAUGGGUUCCUGAGCCUUUAAAUGGUCUCUCAAUCUGGUCCAGUAGGAAGCACAAUCAUGGGGAAGGCUGCUGACCUGACAGUUGUGCAGACAGCCAUCAUUGAGACCCUCCAUAAGGAGGGAAAGCCUCAAAAGGUAAUGCAGAAGAAGUUGGAUGUUCCCAAAGUGCUGUAAUGAAGCACAUUAAUGGAAAGUUAUGGAAAGUUAAUGGAGGGUCUCAAUGAUGGCUUUCUGCGCAACUGUCAGGUCAGCAGCCUUCUCCAUGAUUGUUCUUCCUACUGAACCAGACUGAGUUCAUGACAGAUGGACAUCCAACCUCUGCUUAAAAACCUCCAGUAAAGUUUUACGAAACAUACUUUAGCAAGCAAGCAAAGUUAAAUGAGAAUUGGAUAGUAAAACACGUGUAAUAUAAUACAUAAAACACAUAACUAAGUGGCACAUGUUGUGAGGCCAGACACACAGGUUUUCAUGAGUUAGGAAGCUUUUAAUGCAAACUUAGCUGUAUCGAACAUAACAGGCUUAGCCAUGCUAGACAGCAGACCUUUCAUUUUGUCAAUGUCACUAAGGAUGGCAAUCGGCUCUAAGAAUUUCUUUAAUAAUUUGCCAUUGGAAUUCAAUACAGCUUUCAGCAUAACAUUGCGGCAGAAGACAGAAUUGGGAUUCAAGUUGACCUUAACGCUUUGAAGAACUGAGCCCAAACUAACAAAUAGAAUUUCAAUAGGAACAUCUGUAAGGUUCUGCCCUUAGGCAGGAAGAACCAGAUGGACAAAUAUAGAAUGGGGGACAUCUGGCUUGCCAGUAGUACAUGUGAAAAGGAUCUAGGGCUUAACUGAGUUAACUGAUGCAGCAGCCAAAAAAGUAAAUUCUGUUCUAGUCUGUAUCAACAGAAGUUUAGUGUCCAGAUCAAGGGAAGUAAUAGCACCACUUUUUUUUAGGACCCACCCUAUUUUUGUGAUUAUCGGUUGUUUUAAACUGCUUUUAAUGCUGUAUUUUAAAUUAUUGUAACCCGCCUUAGGGUGAAAAGCGGACAAUAAAUUAAAAUAAUAAUAUAACAAAGGAAACUGCAUGUUUAUACAGCCCCCUAACUGAACAGAUCUUGAAGCAACUGAUAAAAACAGGAAAAGAAAGUUACAAGUAUCUAGUCUCUGACAAGGUUUUCUUUUCAUUCUCUCCCAGGAAAAUCCGUAAGUUGCUUUCUUUCUCUGAAGCGAAACAAGCUGCAAGACGGCCUUACAAGCCUAUUGUCCUCUGGCCAGUAGCAGGUUUACAUCUACAGCAGCCUGUGAAUGAUGAGCCAAUAAUCAUUGAGGACUAAAAGGAACCUGACUAGCCCUUGAAACACUGAUGGAGUUGCCGGAGAACUUUUCCUAACUCCCACAUACUGUGCUGUAAGUUCUGUGGCCACAGAAUGGGAAUCCACGGCUGAUGAAUGAGAAGGAACAAAACCACGCCAAGUCGGGUCCAAGGCGGAAGCUGGGCCUGCUCUGGUUCUUGAUGGCCACAGAUGACACACACCUCCUCUUUCUCCUUUAGCAGAUUUUCUUUUGCUUGUAGUUUAUUCUGCUCUUUUUGUAAGCAAGUGGGAAGCAAUGUAAAUGUAACUUAUUGGAGACACGGAUAUUCUGCAUAUUCUGUUUUUCUCUUUUCGUAAAGCAAGACCCUCCAUUUUAUGAGACGGUUGUGUUGUGUUCGUGUGUUUCUGUCAACAGUAUCAUUUUGUGUUUAUUUCUUUGUAGAUAAAAGUGCCAAUGUGUGUCUGUUACACCUGGAAAUAUAGGAUUUAGAAACCAGCUACAGGUUUGGUGGGCUUUUUGCUCCUGGUUCCUUUUGGUUUUAGCAAACUUGUGGCAGUUUUGCCUCUACAUGGACGCAUGACAGGGAGUUCCAAUGGACAGUAUGAGUAUUCUGCUACAAGGGGCCCCCUGUGCGUGUGUUUGAAAUGAACUGUUUCAGCAUGAAACAUCUAGCAUUUAAAGCUGUCCCUCAUCCCAAGUAGGAAUAUUCUUCUUGAUCUCUCUGCGGUUUCAUGUGUAGCAUGGGUAGGCAAACUAAGGCCUGGGGGCCGGAUGCAACCCAGUUGCCUUCUCAAUCCGGCCCACGGACGGUCCGGGAAUCAGCGUGUUUUUACAUGAGUAGAAUGUGUCCUUUUAUUUAAAAUGCAUCUCUGGGUUAUUUGUGGGGCAUAGGAAUUCACUCAUACUUUUUUUCCAAAAUACAGUCCGGCCCCCCACAAGAUCUGAGGGACAGUGGACCGGCCCCCUGCUGAAAAAGUUUGCUGACCCCUGAUGUAUAGGAUUGAUUGCUGUCACAACAGCAGCCACACGGGGAUCUCUUGUCAUUAUGGUUUUUUUAGUCUAUUUUGCGAGUAGGGAGUUAAUUAUGGAGCCUUUACUUUUAAGUUGAGAAAUACCUCACUUUCUGUGUUCCAGUAUUUUUCCCAGCACGGCUGCAAUAUAGCAGGCAUUAUUUAAGUGCCUGGUUCCUAUCUUGGAGAGGCACUGCCAUUCUCCAGCAAUUUUGGGUUAUGUUUGGAAAGUUUUCUUCCCAGCAAGAAUGAUACUAAGGUUUCCUCUCAGCUUGUCUUGCUGACAGGCAAUAUCUGGCUAUAUCAAUUUGAAUUUUACUUCAUCUCAUUUAAUUUGUGGGAGAAAUGCAUGCUUUCAGGCAGGGACUCAUUCCAUACUUGUUUGUACACUGACCCAAAUCCUGGACAAAAAAGUUUUCUUGAGGAGAGAAGGCCUUCAUCUCUAGCUGGAGCUUCCAGGGCUUGGCUUCUCUCUUUUUCACCAAAGUUACCAACAACUGCUAUAUUUAAUGGAUCUGGACCUCAGUGGUUUUACAUCCAGAAUAAAAGGUGUUCCUCCUCUGAAGGAGUCAGCAUCUCUCUCCUUUGAAAGCCUGUGAACAUUUCUAGUGAACCCUCUCACUGUAUCAUUAUAUGAACCAGAAAGACAGCUCUGACUUUUUUCUAUAAAAUUAUACAAGAUUACCGUAAUUUAAAUCUAAGCCAAAUCUCACUGCUAGAAUUUCUGCCCAUGACUUGUUAAGCAUCCCCGCCACAUAUGGAGAACAUUUGCAGGAGGAGCAUUAUACUUCUUACAGAUAAAUUGUGUUACAGGAAAUGUGUUGAGCCUCAUGGGCACGAAACAAAAGAGAUUUCAAAACGUAACAUAAAAUUCAGUCACAUUUUAAAAGGUUUUAACAUAUAUACAUAAAGAAAUAAAAGAAAAUCCUUAAAACACAUACCCAAAAUUUAAGUUGUCACAGAUGUCAUCAAAUUUUUAAAAAUUUGUGAAUUAUUCAAAGAAAGAACACAGACAAAACUCGGAUCAGGACCAGGCCAGGAUAUCUGCAUUUAACCAAGCAAAAUGCCGUACUCACUUUACCAUACUACAGUAAUCUUGCUUGUCACAGACCCUAAUAAUUGUGUUAGGUUAUUGUUUAUUCUUUGUUAAGUACCUUGGAAAAUCAAUAAAAAAGAGUUUC